AUGCCAACAGAGCCUGGUCCUGAGUCAGAGGUGAAGAACGCAGCAGAAGUGUCCUCCCAGCAGAAGGGGGAAGCAGCAGGCAUGCAGGACUCUGCAUCAGACGGCAAGAUGGCCAAACAGGUACGUAGGAAAGCACAGGAAGUUCAAUGUGCACCAUAAUUAGGUCCUUGUGUUUUUACUGGUGAGAUCACAUGUUAUCUCGUCCUACAUCAACAGACAUUUACACACAUUCAGUGAUGUCAUAAUUAUAAUGGACAUCAUUCAUUUACUGUAAAUUUCACCUGUGACUAUGUAACGUCCCUAUGUAAAGGACCAGGACUCCAAACUGAUCGACGACCACAGGGAAACAGAUGACGUGUCAGAGAAGAUCACCCCAUGCAAGACCCCCAAGUCCCCCCAGAAGACUUCCAAACGGCCAAAGACUGUUCCCUUCAAGGUCACCCUACUGGACACCUCUGGCUAUGAGGCGGGGAUUGAGGUAAGGAAUCUCCCCCCAGAGCAGUGCCCUGUUUUACAAUUGCAGGCCACAUUUCCAAGUCCUGAGGGGGUUUGAAUGAACCAUUCAAAGUAUUAAUAACAGCAAGAAAUAUUGUUGUAAUUGUAUUAUUUUUGUUUGUGUGGCUUUACCAGCAGAUGCGACUAGUUUCUUUACUUUCGAACGUCAUGUCUUUGUUGUUUUUAUGUUAUGGAGCUGCAGAGUGCAGAUAAGGCCGGUAUAAAGCAGAUGACAGAGAGGGUGUCAUGCUGGGAGCUCUCCAUGGGGCAAGGCCAAUGCAAGGUUACACAUUCUCUGCCACAGAGACACAUUCAAUCAUUAGGAUGAGUGACACAGAGAAAAUAGUGAAGGAAAAGCAGGCUCACUCGCUUACAAUGGCUGUUAUUACAGCUCCAUCCCCAAACAAGACACGUCUUCAUACUGGUAGAGAAUGCUCAGUGUAUUCAGGCUGAAAAUGGGGCAAGAGAAGCACCCUUUGUUGAAGGAGUGAUGUGUGAACUCUUAGAGAUGUUGAAACUUUCUGAUGGUAGCUGGUCCAGAGCAAUGCAUAUGGCUCUAUUUUCCUUCCCUGCAAACGUAUUCUGCACAAUAUGGUCGUUAGAGUGGGAGUCCUGACCCAUUACAUGAAAGUACACUUCAAUUCUGAGUGCUUUUCACACCAUGUUUCAGGGGCUGUUUUGUGAUACAUAACGUAAGUGUCUGCCUGCCUGUAUGUCUGUCUGUCCCUCUAUGUAUGGGAUGGCAGAUGUAAUCAGUCAGUCUCCUCUCCCUGGCUAAUCUGUGCUAGCCUAGCUUUUAGCAAUGCGGGUGUAUUUACAUACACUAGCGUUGCUUUCAAUUGUAUUUGAUUGCACAAAAACAGUCUGGGAGAAGCCAGAAGUUAAAGACAAUUCCAUUUCAGCUUACUGUGCCGGUGGGCAGGACGGUUGGUCAUUUCAUGUGUGUGUUUGUGUGUGUCUCUGAUGCAGUGGCGGCUCCUGAAAAAAUUCUCAGGGGGGGCAAUUUUUCUGAUGAUUUAGGUGACCUACACACAUUUUAAAAAAGAUAUGUCCAGCAACAACAUGAAGACAGGGGCAGCAUAUAAGUCAAUACUGAUAUACACAUUACUUGCUUCAAAAAGGCCUCAUGGUUGAAUUGGAAAUAUGUGCACCUGAGCAUAAUUCACAACAAGCAAGCAGGAGCUUUUGAUAGAGGCUACUGAAAACAUUGAUGCAAGUUAUUGGUAAUAAGACAUUUUUAUAGACUUCCAUAUUCUGCCCUCUUGUAUAGAUUUGUGAAAAUGAACAGUGAUAGACAUUUUGCCUGAAAACAGAAUUUGAAAAUAAUUUCUAGAAAAGGUAAACACAGCUAUCUGUAUGGCUUUGUAAAAAUGAACAACCAUAUUCUGGCCAAUUGUAUAGAUUUGUAAAUAUGAUGAUGUCUCCUUUCAUGCAUACAUUUUCAAAUAAAGCUCUGCUUUGAGAAAGAUCGAAUGAUAUUGUUUAAUCUUACCUUAUGGCCUGCACACUGCUUGUGAAGCUGUCGAGGGCACGUUUGAUGAAGACAGCAUCGAUGUCCUUCUUCUGUAGCUUCUGGUACAGAAUGUCGACGUGGGGCAUGAUUUUGUGAAAAAGCCCCAGGAAAAAAAUAAAAUCUUCUUGCUAUCUAUGUACCUCAGCACAAGCACCAGCUGUGUCUGUGUAGAAACGUCCGUGGUCUCGUCAGCUUGGAUAGCUACGAAGUUCGCCGACUUCACCUCCUCCACAAUAUGUUCCCUCAUGACCGCUAGCAUACACUCCAGUAGCUCGUUUUGAAUGGUCUUUGAUGUGCCCUUGAAAACUUUAGCAUUUUUAAGAUGGUCAUCAAACACCUCAUCUAAUUGUGCCACAAAGUUGACAAGUCCAAGAAAAAUAGCAGGGUUGGUGGAGCCCUCAGUUUCAUCUUUGCCUCGCAAAGCUAACUCAAACACUCCGCAAAACUUCACACACUGGAUUAGCCGGCUGAGGAUGUGGCGGUUCUUGCUAACCUCAUCGUUGUGGCGGCGGACAGCUAGCCUGUAUCCCUCAUCCAGUUGAGUGGCAAUGUUCACUCUCCCCAAAGCAGACAAUCUCAAACAGCUAUCCAUGUGGGUCUUUGACAGCUCAUGUUUCUUAAUCUUUUCUGAAAGAUGGUGCAUGUCCGUUACACCAGUCGCUGUCCAAGCGGUGCUGUCUGCCGUGCCGCCUUCAGGGUGAAAGAGUAAGCAGGGGUAGCAGAAGACUGCAUUAGCUACAUCGCAGCCUGCUAGCCAGGUUUUUCGUUCGUACCAAUUUUUGGAAAAUCCUCGGGUGUAGGACUUUCCCCCUUUAGUAGAAACCUGUUGAAUUAUUAAAUUUGGUCUGGGAGGUCCUAAUUGUUUCGUUGCCAAUUUAUCUUGAUUUGUUCGCCGACAAAAAUGAACUUCUUUCAAAGAGACAAUCGAGUUGCACUGAACGCUAGCCAUCUUCACAGUAGUACGUGAAUUGAUUGACGCUGCUACCCGCUCUUUUCUUAGUUAUGUUCAUGGUUAUGUUACGUAUGACGAAAGCGCGUAAGUGCAAGCCCUCCCGGAACCCAUAGAGAUUGUAUUGAAAGCUCUGAUAUUUGAAAAAAAAAAGAUUUUACAUGAGAGUCUGAGAGACUUCUGGGGUGAUUUUCAACCUGACUGAAAUCGCCCCAAAACGGGCGGGGCCAUUUGAAGCACGACUUUAGCCUGAUUGGACAUUUAGUGGCAGAUCAGACGUCUAGAUUAGAACACUGAAAACUACUGUUGCCGUGAUAUAAUUGAUUAGAAAAAAAAUCCCUUCCUUUUCCCGUUUGGCAGUGCGUCGCCCAUAUCGCCCUAAUGAACACACCGCCCCUGCUCUGAUGUAAGAAUCUCAAAAGCAUUGGCCUCGCUUUCACCAACCUUUCUCAAAAGAAAACAUUGCAAAAAUAGUCAUACAAAUACUCUCAAGCCACUCUCAAACCUUUUGUUGCUCUCAACACUGGAAAUAAAACUCCACAUUAUGAUUACCAAAGCCUUUAUGCAAUGAAGUGUAUUUUGCUUCCCGUUGAACUUCCAUUCAUUGCUACAGAAUGAUGUACAAAUCGACCCUCCAUUUUACUCAUCCUAUUGACAUAACAAGCUGCUGCAGUAUAGUGUUUAUCCAAACCCCUUACCUCACUCCCGAACUGCCUCCGACCCCCUUCCUGUGUUUAAUUGGUGGGUUGGAAUGUCAAGCCAGUCUUAUCAAACCUCCUCCAUGCUCCAGGAGUUAAUAAUAAUAGUGUUAAGGAAAGGCAGGGACCACUUUGUGACAACUCUCACUGGAGGAGGUGCCCUAUCCAAGGGUUAAUUAGCCCAUCUUGUCAUGACUGCUUGGCUCUGGCUCCCCAGGGGCUGCAGGGGGAGAGGGGGCCGCACCCUCCCAUACUUCCCUCACCCCUUCCUUCAGCUCACUAGUGCAUACUCUACCAGGCCAUGCAUGAGUGAGCUGCACUGUGUUAUUGUGCAGAAUGGUGCUAUUUUUGGCGCCAUAUGUUUUUUAGAAUACUCUGUGACUCUGACAAUGAUUUUGUUUCUACUCUUUGCCAAUAUUUAAGUGUGUUACUUUCUCCUGUGUUUCUUUUGGGGGAAAACGCUUGUGAUUUGUUGUGAAAGUUCUCAGUGGAGUUGAAAUAAUUGCACUGUGAAAGGGAGUGUCCAUGGAGAAACGCCUCAGUGCCUUAGUCACCGCAUAUUAAGAUCCUAAACCAGAAUGUAUCUUUAUAAUAGCUCAUCGUUAUGCCAUACUGUCCACUCCAUACAGACCCUAAAACCACAUCCAUGUCUUCUCUCUACAAUCUUGCCAUGGGGACUGUGUUGAAUGAGAUGGUGAGAGUUCAUAAGUGUCUCCAGAGUGUUAUCCCACCAUCUUUUCAACCAUAAUGAGCCAAAAGAGACACACUCCCAGGAAAAGUAGCUGCUGCCUUGGCAACAGCUAAUGGGGAUCCUAAUAAAAUACUAAAUACUAAAACUCCUCCCAUCUCUGGCCUUGAGAUAUUAAGGAACAAAUACGAGAGGGAGGGAGCACACAUCUGCACCUGUUUCCCUGGCAACGGCUUGCUCUGUCUCCCUGUCACCGCGGAAACCAGGCUCCAGGGAAAGCGCUGAGCCGUACAGAUGCUCGCUACCCGGAGAGCACCACGCACAGCUCACUAGCUACGUCCUCCAGGGAAAAGUGUGUGUGUGUGUGUGUGUGUGUGUGUGUGUGCAGCAGCACACUCCACCCAUAGUCUGGACUCUGGGAUUGAUAGGCCGGGGUACCGUGUUACUCUGAUGGAGUCGGAGUGAUGUUUUUUACGUGUGAAUGUCUUCUUGAAUUUACACAAUAGUUUCUUCCCCUCUAUUUGUUCAAGUUACAUCAAGGUACUGUAUAUCAUCGCUAGAAUGAUUUGCUAAAGUGCCGUCCCAUCAGUCGUAUCUCUCCUUUGGACAUCUGAGUAACUUGACAACUAACUUUGCACACUUCUUCUGUCUGUCCUUCACAGGAAUGUGACAAGAAGAUGAACCAUUUGGUUUUGGAUAGUGUUGAGUGGCAUUGGAUAUUGCACUGUUUAUUCGGACCGCUUAUCAUGCAGAAAGCAAUCUUCCUACAAUUCAGUGUUCAUUUUCCCUGUCAAGUAUUUGAUCAAUUCUGACUGUAACACAGCACUGAAGGACAGAGCUGUUCUAGCCUGUAGACAGCAACAGAUAGGGAAGCCAUCUUGACACCAGCUGUUAUCUGGUUGGGGAUGAUGUUGGGGAGAGAGACACAUUCUGUUGUGUUGAUUGAUACAUGUGCAGUUACAUGACACUCUAAUACACUUCCAAGAAUACAAAACCAUGCAGUGCCAUAAUGCUUUAAUCAGUGAGGCCAGGUCACAUGGUCAGAAAUCUCCUGAUCCUUGAUUGACCGUUGAUUUGAAUGACACUUUAUUUGUGACACGUGUGUCUGUGUGUUUCUGCAGAAGCACUGCAAAGGACAGGCCCUGCUGGACAAGGUGUGUGAGCACCUCAACCUCCUGGAGAAGGACUACUUUGGCCUGACAUUCAUCGAGGCAGACAGCCAAAAGGUCAGUGCCUUGUCAUGUAGCCUCUGUGACCACUAAUUUACCCCCCACCCCCCUCUCCCCCUCUCUCCCCUUCCCCCUUCUUCUACUCAUUAAAUACUGUCUUCAGAACAAUCACCAUUCCUCUCACCAUAACAACAGAAGACACAGCAGGCUCUGGCAGUAGUGAGUCACUCUAUUAGGAAUUGGAAAUGAAAAUGUGCAUGCUCAGUCAGAUUCAGAUCAACAAGCAAUUUAUAAAAUUGAAGUUAACAUGGUACCCUAAAUGCCUUAGAACACAUUUGAACACUUCAUCAUAGCCUACAUUAGAAAGGCUGAUUAGUGCUCCACUCAUGUCUGUUCUGUUGACCCUCCAAACGGCACUAGGAAGGGUAAUUGGAGUGGAAUGGGUGUAAUUAUGGUUAUUAAGCAACUGGUUAAGAUUUAGCUCUGAGACCAAAUUGAAUGGUCAUGACAGUCAGCCUGUAUUAACUGGUAUUAAGGUUGUUUUGAGGAUGUGUGUGUUUUGGGUGUAUCCUGCCUCUGUACACCUCACCUUCAGGGCAGGUAUGUAAUGGCCCAUUGCGGUGAGUGUGUAAAGAUUUGGCAUGUUGAAAGAGAACGGCCACUAAGGUGAGACAAACACACCUGUCACUAGUAACAGCUUGUAUAGGUCUCAGUAGUUACAGAAUUACAUGUUGUGACCUGAUUUGUCACAAGGGGUUGAGAUUUUGGAGCCAGUUCUGUCUGGAGAAGAGAAAGAAGUAUGUGUGUGUGUGUGUGUGUGUGUGUGUGUGAGAGAGAGGGGCAAACACAGUAAAUGCUGGCCCCCUCUUCAAUACCAGGCUUAUCUGAGGGCAGCUUUUACUGUCUGGGGUCCUCGGUGACUCUAAGCCAAACAAGACAUGAUUGAAAUGUCCUCUUCAAACUCCUCUCUGCCUCUGUUUGAGGAUAUUAUCCCCACACCAUUUGGGGAGAACAUCUAUUGUGUUUAUGAUUGGUUGUGAACUAUGACUGCAGUGCGUCCUGGCAGCAGAACAGUUGUUAUUCCUGCUGGACUGCUCUACAUAGAGGAGACAAAGGAGUAGUGCCUUUUAGUAAUUGAGUGAUCUUUGGCCCAGGCCGACAUCAGAGAGAUUCAGGAGGAUAAUAAAUGACUGCUGUUGAUUAUGGUGCUUAGCACGCUGAUUAAGCACCAGAGGACCUCACUCGGGUUGUGUGUGAGUGAGAGCUUGUUAGUGUUUGUGUGGGUGGAGUUCAGUUUGUUACAUGCAAACCUCAUCAGCCAAGUUGCGUGCGUGAGCAUUGCAAAAUACAUUUACACAUAUAUCUUAUUCAAUAAUUUCACCCACACGAAGUGCUAAAAUAGAAUUUGGUUCUAUUUGAUACAUGCCACACGCUGCAAGUCCCCUCCUUAUUGGAUAUCAGGAAGAUACAAACCCCAUGGAUGCUUGAAAGACAAACGAGGAGAGAUUCAUUAAAGAUCACUAACAAAAAAUUAACUAGGUUUCCCUUUUUAUGUGUGGAUUAAUUGUCGGAGGAGAGGAACACGAUUUUGUAUGACUCUACAAAGAACCAGCUAAAAAGAGGCCAAUUUGCAUGACAGGUAAAAUAACAACCCAAUGUUUAUCUCCCAGGACAAACCAUGCCCCCAGUGUCAGGUCUGGAGCGUGAAGUCACGAGUUCUGCUGGUUGGCUACUGCGUAGCAACCUAGAGGUGCCAAAAGCCCUGGUCUGCCCUAGAAAGCCUAUGUAAAUUACAAUCGCCAGAAUGGCCAAGCAAUGUUUUUUUAGACGCCCGUUUUGGCCUCUAAAAUGUGUUUAUUAUGAUUAAGUUCGAUCCUCACAGUUAAUCAUUUUAAAGUUAUCUACAAAUCGAAAUAUUUAAUAAAAUAGUAAUCCAUUCUGACUACUACAUUUGUCGUCACACAGGACCACUUGCUGACACUGACCAAUCACGGGCUGGCAGGCUACGAGGAGGCUCGCACCCUCAUGCAAGCUCUUUGCAUGCUCUUUGCAUGUGCACCCAGCAGCGUUGGGUUGACUCUCUCUGGCAGGAUGAAAACGACUACAUUGACCAUGAUCCUUUGCGAAUUUUGGUGCCAUUCGGUAAUAUGGCGUGCUUCAAAUUCAAAUAACUGCGCCAUCGUCGUCAGCGGUAUCACUCUCUACUAGCUAAAUGUCCAUGAAUGUUUCAUGUGUGUUUCGACCUGCCCCCAAAUGAUUAAAGUUGUUUCACAGUUGGUUUGAUAUUUUAAACUGAGUGUCUGGUGGGGAUAGACAAAAUCAACAUGCGUGUGUUGCCGGUGUAGUCAGCAUGUUAGUGUGCAUUUGUGCAGGUCUGCCAGUUUUGACUAGUAGCAGGUUAGGAGAAUUAACGUGGCAGGUUAGGAGAAUUAUGUUAAUGUUCGGAAAAAGGUUAGUGUUAGCUAAAAUGCAAAAAUUGUCCCCGAAAGAAUAUUAACAUAUCUAGCUACAACCAGGCCUGACCUGAGAACAGACUUGGUUUCCACUAAUGCGAUGCAGCUAAAUUGGCAGGAACACUUAUGGUUUCCAAAGAUAGAGUUGGAGACUGCUGUGCUGUUUCAACCUUUUCCACUCCUGGUUUCACAGUGAUAGUGGCUGCCAGAAAGACUUUCACAAUUACUCAGCAGCUGAGAUGAGCCACUCAGGCUCAGAAAGCUGGGAAGCUCACUGUCAGUGGUCAGGCACACUGCUUCCUGCGUUAUUAUCCAUGCAAUAGGCGUAUUCACACUUCCUGUUCAACUAAGAGCACAUGAGCAUGGUGUGAUUGCCAAAGAGUAGGCCAUGACCUGAGCGAUUUCAUAAGGGACAUGAGGGUGUGCAUUGAAUGAGAAAGCUUUAUCAACACAAGGCAGGAGGGAGAGUAGCUGUACAAAACCACGCCUCUUGUGGUGAAUGAUGUCAAUGUACAUAUCUGAUGUGAUACGAGCUAGGAUAACUGGCCGGUGGUAAUUUACUGUCAAAAUGGGCUAACAGAUGCUGGGACUGACACUCAUUUCCUCAUGCUGAAAGUCUCAGUGGGGAGGUUCCUCCUGCUUCCUCCCUCUCCUCCUCCUUCCAUUGAACCAUAUGUACAGUAAAGGCUUUCACUAGAAACACCAUCUGCAAUUAGAGCUGUGGAGUGAAUCAGAGUGUGGCAACAGGUUGUGCAUUAGCCACGUCUCUCACAGACGCCUGUGAAUCCUCUCUCUCCUGUCUGUCUUUCAGAAUUGGUUGGACCCCUCCAAGGAGAUCAAGAAGCAGAUGCGCAGUGAGUAUACUUGGCCCACAAGCAGUACGCAGCACAUUGCACCCACACCAUAGACAGAAAACACAUUUAUUAUUCAAAUACUGUUUGUUUGUACAUGGAAUCUGCUAAGUACUUAUGCAGUAGAAUGAGAAGCUGUAGUUCCAUUAAGACAAUAUAAUGAGUUUAUGUUUAAAAUAAGCAUGUUUCUAUGCUGUUGUUGGAGCCUGUUGCCAUAAAUAAAUGUUCUCGGACACUUUUGUUGUGACACAUGUUAUGGUGAUUUGGCUAUGCCAUACAUGUGUCACACACAUCACCUCUGUGAUAGAUGUCCAGUCCACAUGGGCAGUAACCUCAUCACCUCUCCUCUGUCUGUCCUCAGCUGCUCCCUGGCACUUUGCCUUCUCUGUCAAGUUCUACCCUCCAGACCCCUCCCAGCUCACAGAGGACAUCACCAGGUACUGUGGUCCAGCAGGGCAGUGUGAAGAGGCCCCCAUAUCAUUCUCACACUGUAUAUUUUAUUAGAUACACCACUCCGUUCACGAAAAUGGUUCGCUCCUACAGAUAGUGAGUCACAUGGCCUUGGCUUGCUAUAUAAAGCAGGCAGACAAGCAUCGAGGCAUUCAGUUACUGUUCGAUUGAAUGUUAGAAUGGGCAAAACGAGUGACCUAAACGACUUUGAGCGUGGUAUGAUCGUCGGUGCCAGGCACGGCGGUUCCAGUAUCUCAGAAACGGCCAGCCUCCUGGGCUUUUCAUGCACACCAGUGUCUAGGUUUUACAGAGAAUGGUGCGACAGACAAAAAACAUCCAGUCAGCGGCAGUCCUGACCAUAACGACAGUAAUAUCAGAAUAUCACAUUGACACUUUAGCAGUCAAUUAAAGUACUCACAAUCUUUCAGAUUUUACUGAAUAUAGUCCUUUAGCCAAGCCGGUUCUUCUGACUCUGACUAUCCCUUUGAAUAGUCUGUUGUAAGUGCAAGGGCACUUGGGGAUGAGCAGCACCGUUUAAUAGUGUGGCCUGCUCAGGACACAGUGAGAGAUGCAACGCAUUCCAUGUCUUUCCGUCAUCAAGGAAAAAUGUGUUUGGUCCUUUCAUUUGGAUAACUUUGCGUGGCACACUGUAAUUUUGUGCACCCUUUUUGACAUGAAAGGGAAGUUUUAUGCACACAUGAUCUCCCUCUUUGAUGACUGAUCGCCCCCCGUUUGGCGUUCGUGUAGGAUUUAACUUUUUCUUAUGUGGCAUGCCCUCUGGUACGCACGGCAUCGUCGGAGAUGGAGGGACUCUGUAGCGGGAGAAAGUUCAGUUUUGUGUGCAGCGUUCCGUUGUUCAAUAGUAACCAAGGCGUGUGGCAUGAGCUGUCAACCUGUAGUGCAUGAGGAAAAGUUGAACAUAUGGUUUCCAAGGCCUUCCCUCUCGGAUCGCCGUUUGAACCCAGUAUUUUAGAACUGUUUUUGCCAUGGGCCUUCAGGAAGGCUAACAGGCUGGAGAGGCGCGACGUGCGUCUUUGCAGUUUUGUCAUUUGUCCUGACAUAGUUGACAUGUUCUCCUGAGUGGCGCAGUGGUCUAAGGCAAAAAGGUCUAAGGCACUGCAUCGCAGUGCUAACUGUGCCACUAGAUCCUGGUUUGAAUCCAGGCUCUGUCGCAGCCGGCCGCGACCGGGAGACUCAUGGGCGGUGCACAAUUGGCCCAGCGUCGUCCAGGGUAAGGGAGGGAAUGGCCGGCAGGGAUGUAGCUCAGUUGAUAGAGCAUGGCGUUUGCAACGCCAGGGUUGUGGGUUCGAUUCCCACGGGGGGCCAGUAUAAAAAAUAUGUAUUCACUAACUGUAAGUCGCUCUGGAUAAGAGUGUCUGCUAAAUGACUAAAAUGUAAAUGUAAUGUUGAUUUUGUAUGGACGUGUCCAUUCCAGGUCACCAGUAGAGCUCACGUAGCCAUUGUUUUGUUCAGACAACUCCCUGGUGGCUGUCAUGAGGGAGUGAAACCAGUCUGUGACGCAGGGAAAUGGGCACUAGCAGGCGGUUUCGACCAUGGUACACUAAACAGUCUUGUACAGAGAGUUCAUCCCGAAUGGGAAAGUAAGGUACGGGGUCUGGGAGAAAAAAAUAAGAUAAAGAUACCUUAAUAGAAAAUUACUCAAGUGAAAAUGAAAGUCACCCAGUAAAAUACUACUUGAGUAAAAGUCUAAAAGUAUUUGGUUUUAAAUAUACUUAGGUAUCAAAAGUAAAUGUAAUUGCUAAAACAUACUUAAGUAUCAAAAGUUAAAGUUAAAGUAUAAAUCAUUUCAAAUUCCUUAUAUUAAGAAAACCAGAUGGCACUAUUCAUAUUUUUUUAUUUAUUUACGGAUUGCCAGGGGCACACUCCAUCACUCAGACAUAAUUUACAAACGAAGCAUUUGUGUUUAGUGAGUCCGCCAGAUCAGAGACAGUAGGGAUGACUAGGGAUGUUCUCUUGAUAAGUGUGUGAAUUGGACAAUUUUCUUGUCCUGCUAAGCAAUCAAAAUGUAACAAGUACUUUUGGGUGUAAAAAGUAGAUUAUUUAAGUUUUAUGGAGUAAAAGCAGAUUAUUUUCAUUAGGAAUGUAGUAAAAGUAAAAGUAGUCAAAAAUAUAAAUAGUAAAGUAAAGUACAGUACAGAUACCCCAAAAAACGACUUAAGUAGUACUUAAAGUAUUUUUACUUAAGUACUUUACACCACUGCCAAUAUGGUAGUAAAGGCCUGAUGAUCAGUUCAUAGGGUAAAACAUGUACCCCACAGGAACGUUCGCCACCGCUCAACUGACCACACACAGGCAAGCCCAUCCUUUUCUACUAUAGAAUAUUUGCGCUCGGCUGAGGAGAGGGAAUUGGAUGCAAAUGCCACUGUGCAUUCUGUUCCAUCUGGAUGUAUUUCAUUUUACAUUUUAGUCAUUUAGCAGAUGCUCUUAUCCAGAGAGACUUACAGUUAGUGAGUGCAUACAUUUUUUCAUACUGGUCCCCCGUGGGAAACGAACCCACAACCCUGGCGUUGCAAGCGCCAUGCUCUACCAACUGAGCUACACGGGACAUUUGCGUAAGAAACCCACCGGGAGGCAUCGAUUGUCUCAUUCACCAGGUCAGCAUAGACCGCUUUUUUAACAGACAGUGGUAGUCGAUGUAGUUUUUGUUGCACAGGAGUAACGUCAUCUUUGACUUUCACGUGGUGAAUAAACCCUUUUGCACACCCUAGUUUCUGCGCGCUGGGAGUUGCGAGGUGCUGUACCUUAACAGGUGUAGAAGAGGACCGCACAGCACAGUAUUACCAGCGAUAUGCAGAUUCAAGGCCGUAACUAAGUCCAUGCCUAGCAAAGGCGUUCCCUUUUCCACGAUGAAGAAGGAGGCUAUAGUAGUAACUGUAUCAUGCUGGACGUCAGCGGAGAGGCACCCUAACACAGUCUUGUUUAGAGUAGGUAACCAAUUUCACAUCAAAUCAAAAUAAAAUAAAAUACAUUUGUAUUUGCCACAUGCGCCGAAUACAACAGGUGUAGACCUUACAGUGAAAUGCUUACUUACAAGCCCUUAACCAACAAUGCAGUUUUAAGAAAAAUAAGUGUUAAGUAAAAAAAUAAAUAAUAAUAAUAAUUAAAGAGCAGCAGUAAAAUAAAAUAACAGUAGGGAGGCUAGAUACAGGGGUUACUGGUACAGAGUCAAUGUGCUGGCGCACAGGUUAGUCGAGGUAAUUGAGGUAAUAUGUACAUGUGGGUAUGAUCAUCGGUGCCAGGCACGCCGGUUCCAGUAUCUCAGAAACGUGGGUAGAGUUAUUGUGGUGGUGUCAGGGGGCAUUUAUCAAAGUAGCGUAUAUACAAAUGCUUGGGUAGGAUAGAGACUGAGGACCCCGUAUCAACUAACAGUUCAAUGGGGUGAGGAGCAACCUUGGAGUACCGACAGAGACUAUGCAAUGUAUUUUCUCUCUGUUCAAAUCUUGGUCUAGUAUGCAUAAUACUGUAAGCUCCGGUACCUCGACCUCUUGUACAUUUACUUUUUUUAUCGGCACGGCACACCCAUGCGUAAUGACCGGUUUUGUCACAGGCCGUGCAUUAAGCCUUGGCGGCGGGGCAGUCCGUAGCGUUAGCUAAGUGUGUAUUAGAGCCACGCCUGUAACAGCAGCGACCUGACUUUCUUGUAUCAUCAGGUGGAUUGAAGUCGGCACGGGCCUCUCUGUUUAUUCUUCUUUUGGGGCUUUUCUCUCACUGCCUGCACUGGCAUUGGAUUAUUAAUGGACUGAAUGUGGGCUUGGCCACAUUCCACUUGAGUAGCGAGCGCAAUAGCAGUGUGCAGUGUGAGAUUAGCCUGCAGUAAAAGCCUUUCUUUGACACGAGAGCAUGAGGCCUUUUUUAACAAGUUGAUCUCUCAACAUCUCAUCUCCUCUAUCACCGAAGUCACAGUUCACAAGUAACUCUCAGGGCAGCAACGUAAUCUGCUAUGGACUCAUCAGGUCUCUGUGCUCUUUGUUGGAAUUUAUGGCGCUCAACCACGACAUUGAUAGCCGGAAUGAAAUGUUCUUGGAGAGCUGUGACAGCUGUUGCAAACGUAGUACCUGUAUCUGGUAAGGUGUAAAAGAUCCUUUGACCUUCAGUACCAAGGCAAUGUAGCAGCACUGCACGCUUCCUACCAUCUGGCCAGUCAUCUCCUGUAGCAUUGAUAGCCACCAAGUAGUUGUUGAAGAUUUUCAACCACAUGGCCAAUGGCAUUGUAGGUUGACCAGGGAAGAGCAGGAACGGAGUAGGUGAUGAUGCUAAUGCUGCUGCCAUCCUCGUCGCCAAUCUUGUCGUUUAGUAGGCUCAGCAACAUGAGGACACGAUGGGUAUAAUUAAUUAAGGGUACGUUUACUCAGCAAGCUUAGCACUCCAUCACAGCAUACAUCAUCAGCACAUGCAUACUCUUCUUCUCCCUAUCUGAAAUCCUGUUCUCAUUGUACUUCCGUUCUGUGUCAGAAUAGGUAGAAUAAAAUACCUGUAUGUCUCUAGUGGUACACUUGGGUAGUGCAGCAGAACACAACACAGCUAAAAACAAGAAGAAGUGGCUCCAGUGGGCACUCGAUCACCAACACUGAACAAUUGACGAAUCCCGGUUCCUGUUGCGUAAUGCUGAUGGCAGAGUCAGGAUUUGGCGUAAGCAGCAAGCAGCAUGAGUCCAUGGCCUCAUCCUGCCUGGUGUCAACGGUAAAGGCUGGUGGUGGUGGUGUAAUGGUGUGGGGAAUGUUGUCCUGGCACACGUUAGGUCCCUUAUAUAAUAUAUAAUAUAAUAUGCCAUUUAGCAGACGCUUUUAUCCAAAGCGACUUACAGUCAUGCGUGCAUACAUAUUUUGUGUAUGGGUGGUCCUGGGGAUCGAACCCACUACCUUGGCGUUACAAGCGCCGUGCUCUACCAGCUGAGCUACAGAGGUCCCUUGAUACCAAUUGAGCAACGUUUGAAUGGCACACCUUGUAGAGUCCAUUCCCCGAAGAAUUCAGGCUGUUCUGGGGGCAAAGCGGGAUCCGACCCGGUACUAGAUGGAUGUACCUAAUAAACUGGCCACUGUGUGUAUAUAGGGCCCUAUAAAAUCUGCGAUGUGGACUGAAUCACGGAAUCCAGAUAAUAAAAUGGAAGGUAACACUUUAUUUGGAUAGUCCAUCUGUAGAUGCUCUACAGACUAUCAGUAACAUUUCAAUGAACUAUCUUUUAACCUUAACCCUUAUCCUAACCCUAAACUUAACCCUUACCCUAACCCUUAUUCUAAACAUCAAUCAAUGAAAUUGUAUUUGUCACAUGCACCGAAUACAACAGAAAUGCUUACGUACGAGCCCUUUCCCAACAAUGCAGAGUUAAAAAGUAAGAACACUUGCAAAAAAUAAUAAUAAUUAGUAACACAAUAAAUAACUAUAAUAAGGCUAUAUUCAAGGAGUACCAGUACCGAGUCAAUGUGCAGGGGUACAAGGUAGUUGAGGUAAUAUGUACAUGUAGGCAGGGGUAAAAGUGACUAGGCAAUCAGGAUAGAUAAACAGAGUAGCAGCAGCUUAUGUGAAGAGUGUGAAAGUGUGGCGUCAGUAUGCAUGUGUGUAUGAGCGUCUGUCUGUGUGUGUUGGAGUGACAUUGUAAGUAUGUGUGUGUGUGGGUAGAGUCCAGUGAGUGUGCAUAGAGUCAGUGCAAAAUAGUCUGUGUAGCCAUUUGAUUAACUGUUCAGCAGUCUUAUGGAUUAGGGUAGAAACUGUUCAGGAGCCUAAACAUUGCCCUGAAUCUAGCCGUAACAUUAGCAAGCAGUUGCUUAUCAACAGAUAGUCAGUUGCUUAUCAACAGAUAGUCAGUUGCUUAUAAACAGAUAGUUUGUUGAUAGUAUGACCAUCUGACCAAAUAAAGUGUGACCAAACAGAAUUCAACAAUAUUCAAAAAAGUUAUUGCACUUAGUAGGGAAUCAACUAAAUGUAUUGAAAAGUAAUUAAUUAGCCUAAGUUUAUCAUAAGACAUGAACAGAAUGCAUCUGUGAUUCGUAUUUCAUGCGACUUUCUGAAGAAACAUCGAGAAUUCCCUGUCUGUGUAUGUGCAGUGCGAGUGUCUACCACUUUGUGUAGCCGUUAGCGAUGAUGCUAAUGAAAAGUCUUCUGGUAGAUGGAAAGGCUUUCCCAAAAACCUUCUCAAUUAAAUGUUAACUACAAAGUAGCCUAUGCUUACCUGGCAGAAUGAUAUCAUGAUUAUUUGCAUCAAUCCAGUGGGUAUUUGUUUUGCAAACUCUACGAUCACAUGUGUGCUACAAAAACACCUCUAAACAACAGCUUCUUGCUUCUGGAAUUAACACCCAAAAAUCAAAAUCAAAUAAAAAAUCCCAAGCUCAAACGUUGUCUCCUGAUGUGGUUUAAGCAUUUUUGUAGACUUAGAACAUCCAAUUUAGUUGUUUUUCCAUUUUUAAAAAAUUUGAUUUUGAGAGGGAAAACCUGAAAAAAUGGGGGGAAACAGAAACCUGGAAAAAAACAACGGAGAAAAUGAAAUUUGGGAAGAAACGGAUUCAGGCUACUAAUAAUAGAGAUUUUAUAGGGCCUUAUAUACAGUAUACACACACACAUACAGUUCAUUCGUAAAGUAUUCAGAUCCUUCACUUUUUCCACAUUUUGUUACGUUACAGCCUUAUUCUAAAAUGGAUUAAAAAAAGAAAAUCUCAGCAAUCUACCCCAUAAUGACAAAGCAAAAACAGGUUUUUAGAAAAAAACAGGCAGUGGCUCGGGUGGUUGAUGUCCUUGAUGAUCUUUUUGGCCUUCCUGUGACAUCGGGUGCUGUAGGUGUCUUGGAGGGCCGGUAGUUUGCCCCCGGUAAUGCGUUUGGCAGACCGCACCACCCUCUGGAGAGCUUGUGAGGGUUUUAGGUGCCAAGCCAAAUUUCUUCAGCCUCCUGAGGUUGAAGAGGCUCUGUUGCGCCUUCUUCACCACACUGUCUGCGUGGGUGGACCAUUUCAGUUUGUCGGUGAUGUGUACGCCAAGGAACUUGAAGCUUUCCUCCUUCUCCACUGUGGUCCCGUCGAUGUAGAUAGGGGGGUGCACCCUCUGCUGUUUCCUGAAGUCCACGAUCAUCUCCUUUGUUUUGUUGACCGGUUGUAAGAAAAUAGAAAGCUGUGAAAAUGAAAAAACAGGUUUCUGAUAAGAUUUCAGUUAGGCUUGGAUGCAUUUUAUGUUGUUGAAAUAGGCUACUAUCAGCUUUUAUGAUGCUGAUAAAAAUAGCACCCCAACAGAAGGUAUCUAACUGAGCAUUCGCAUUCUCUCAAGAUGCUGAAAUAAAUAAAUAAUAUUUCUCCACUCCUGUUCCCCAGUGAAAAUGUUGCCUACAUUUGUUGUAUCAUUUUACUGCAAUAAAUUAUUAAUUAUGCAGGAGUUAAUAUUAAGGCUGUGAGAGAGGUUAUAGACCUACAGUCAGUGUUUAGAUUUCAGUUUCCAUUUUAACCCAUCUGAACAGUAAGCUACAGUUCCCUUGAUGUGCCAUAGGCCUAUUUAAAGUCCCCUCUUGUAACUGGGCUGUCAUGUGCCUUUUACUGAGGAGUGGCUUCCGUCUGGCCACUCUACCAUAAAGGCCUGCUUGGUGGAGUGCUGCAGAGAUGGUUGUCCUUCUGGAAGGUUCUUCCAUCUCCACAGAGGAACUAUGGAGCUCUGUCAGAGUGACCAUCGGGUUCUUGGUCACUUUAGGAAUAGUCUUGGUGGUUCCAAACUUCUCCCAUUUUUAAGAAUGAUGGAGGCCACUGUGUUCUUUGGGACCUUCAAUGCUGCAGAAAUGUUUAGGUACCCUUCCCCAGAUCUGUGCCUCGACACAAUCCUGUCUCGGAGCUCUACGGACAAUUCCUUCGACCUCAUGGCUUGGUUUUUUCUCUGACAUGCACUGUCAACUGUGGGACCUUAUAUAGAAGGAGUUUGCUUUUCCAAAUCAUGUCCAAUCAAUUUAAUUUACCACAGGUAGACUCCAGUCAAGUUGUAGAAACAUCUCAAGGAUGAUCAAUGGACACAGGAUGCACCAGAGCUCAAUUUCAAGUCUCAUAGCAAAGGAUUUUGCUUUAUCAUUAUGGGGUAUUGUGUGUAAAUUGAUGAGGAAAAAAUUAAUUUAAUAGAUUUUACAAUAAUGUUGAAAAAGUGAAGGGGUCUGAAUACUUUCCGAAUGCACUGUACAUGGAAGCUCGCAGCACGCAGUCUCUCAUACUUACAGUAUCAGUUUGCACAUUAAAAUAUCACUGUAAAACAACAAACGUUUGUAUUGAAAGACUUUGUACAAUUGUAAUAAUUUACAGUGCACAUUUCACGGCUGUCAAAUAAUUCCAAAUCCCACUCUAUUUAGAAGGAUUAGCUACAUUCGGAAUUCCACUGACCGUUAUGGAUUAACUCCUCAACCUUCUUGUUGGAGCUUGCCUUUGGCGAGGCCUUUUUUAACAUCUCCCUCUCCCUCAUAGAUACUACCUGUGUCUGCAGCUGAGAGAUGACAUGUUGUCAGGUCGUCUGCCCUGUUCCUUCGUGACCCAUGCCCUGCUGGGUUCCUACGCUGUGCAGGCCGAGCUGGGAGACUAUGACACCGACGACCAUGGCCCCGACUACGUCAGCGACUUCCGCUUCGCACCUAAUCAGACGCGAGAGCUGGAGGAGAGGGUCAUGGAGCUCCAUCGGAACUACAGGUAGUAGUUAUGGUUAUGGCCAAGAGUAUAAUCUGACCACCAGAAAAUGAUAGGGCCAUGACAAGGGUCUGGUAGGUUUUCCUGGCCAGGUCACAUGAUCAGAAAAACCUCUAGACCCAGUCAGGUUUAUUUCAGUUGCAUAUUUGUAGUAAAUACAUAUCUCCAUCUCUCAUUCAUAUGGAACCAUUGGAGCCUGCUGAUGAACCUUUGCUCAGACAGUGUCCAACAACACACCAUACAUAUGUUGACAAAUGCCACCACAUUGCCCUGGCAUCUGUCAUGGCUGUCUACAUGGAGGCCUUGCCAACACUGUCAAUACUUCCCCAGUCUCAGGGUCUCCCCCAUCCCUUUCCUGGCAUGGCCCCAGUGCUUGACUCUUGGCCAAGGAGUUAUGGUAGAAAGGUGGAGGGAGAGACAUGGGAUUGGAAAUAUCACUCAUACCAUUUGAAUAUUCAAUUGGUUCUCCUGUGUGAAUUGCAUUUUUGGUUUCAGGGGUAUGACUCCAGCUGAUGCAGAAAUCAACUUCCUGGAAAAUGCUAAGAAGCUAUCCAUGUAUGGGGUGGACCUUCAUCAUGCCAAGGUAUGCUGUUACAUAUUACAUUUUGUGAGUCUAUGUUUCUAUGUGACUGUGCAGGAUUAUUUAUUUUACCUUAUACACCAACAUAUUACUUUAUUACUUGAAUGUUUCCUCUCCUUCCCUCUCUUCUUCCUCUCCUUUCAUCUUCCUCUCCUCUGCCAUGCUGGUCCUUGGCUGCUCCAGGAUUCAGAAGGGAUUGACAUCAUGCUGGGCGUGUGUGCCAACGGGCUCCUGAUCUACCGCGACCGCCUGAGGAUCAAUCGCUUCGCCUGGCCAAAGAUCCUUAAGAUCUCCUACAAGAGGAGCAACUUCUACAUCAAGAUCCGGCCUGGGGAGGUAAACUGAACCAAGUUAGAGUGGCUGCUCUGUACAUUCUUAGAAAAAAGGGUUCCUGAAGGGUUCUUCGGCUGUCACCGUAGAGAACCCUUUUUGGUUCCAGUUAGAAAGGGUUCUACAUGGAACAUAAAACGGUUCUACUUGGAACCAACAAGAGUUCUUCAAAGUGUUAUCCUAUGGGGACAGCCGAAGAGGUUCUAGGUAGCACCUUUUUUUCUAAGAGUGUAGAUGAGGUGUUACCCCCUUACAAAAUGAACAUGAGACAUUAACAUUUAUGCAGUAUGCACCCUAUCAUUUCUGUUAUAACUGGAACUACGUCCAGCUAAAGAUUGUGAGGAAACGAAUGUGUGGUCAGUUCGACUGACCAGAGAACUGGAAAAUAUUCCCCCCCCCAAUUUUGCUGCUCCACAGGCUUAGAAUCUAUAGCCUGCCUCUCUCUCCCAGUCCCUUUUCAGUUCUUGCUGCGCUGCAGCCACAACCUCUGCAGCCUACUGAGCUUAGCCCCAGCCCAGCAGCUCAGCCCAGUGUGCCAGGCUGUCUGGCCAGGGCUGCUAAAGUGACAGAGCCCCACAAUGAGCCUGUGGAAGAGCAGGAUAAAGACAUGUAGCACUGCCAGUGCAGCUGCAGCAGCACCCAGAAUAGAGGGAUGAAAAGUCUAAAUAUAGUCAUGAAAAUUGAAAUGCUACCCUCAUGUUUGUCUCCACUGUUUGAAAAUGGUCGUUUCUUAGCCAUUUGGCUCAGUGCAGGAAUCUGUCUGGUGGUCACAGGGCUGGAAUUUCAGGGAGAACAGAUUACUAGUGUGCAUACUUGGGAGUUUUAACCUUGCUUGUCAGCCAUUUGGCUUUGGAACAGGUGUCUGUGGGUUUACAGGAGUGAACAGUUUCACACUGUGUCUGUUUGCUUAGAGCUUGUUUCAUCUUCUGAGUGACAAGCAGGCCGAUUCAACAAAUCUAUCUGAACAGCAUAUAACUUCAAAUUGUGACAGUUUGGAAUAUGAAAUAAAGUGCUGAUGCAUUACAAGGUUGUUUUUAAGAACGUAUCAUGUCAUUCAAAACUGCAUUCACUCCCUCAUACACUGCAUUCAUGCAGUAAAUGUAACCACAAGAAACACCUGCUCCUCUCUCUUUCCCCUCCCUCCCUUCCUUUCUGUCUCCCCCUCUCCCUCUAUCUCCCUCUCGUGAACCAGUACGAGCAGUUUGAGAGCACUAUUGGCUUCAAGCUUCCCAACCACCGGGCGGCUAAGAGACUAUGGAAGGUCUGCAUCGAGCACCACACCUUCUUCAGGUAAGAGCAACUUCAGGUAUCUAAUCCCCUCUGUAAGUCGCUCUGGAUAAGAGCGUCUGCUAAAUUACUAAAAUGUAAAUGUAAAUGUAGUAGCACUCUUGUACCUCUCUUAUGUUACCCCAUGCAAGCCAUUUCUCCUUAAGUCCGCUUGAUCUUUAGGCAGCCAAAUAUAACCAAACACCACUCACUUCAAGCCUGUUCACAUCUCUCUAUAGCAUUUUCCCAUCCGCUUCCAGCACCUUCUAUCCCACUGUUGGGGAAGCUCAGGAGUGAUUAUAGCACAGCUUUGAUCAGGGCUCUCUCUCCCUGUAGGCACCAUCCCCAUCCACAGCAACAUUUUGUUUCACAGCAGCCAGCACUAGACUGAGGCUGAAGGUGUUUCCCUCUCUGUUUUGUGUCUUCCUCUUCAUGUUACGACUUGUGUCUCUGGUGUUUCUCUGCCCAUGCUGCCUCAGGUUUUGAGGAAUUCACUGUAAGAGGAAUAUGCAACCAUGUAGUAAAGAGCAAUGUUUUCAAGCAGGUGCUGCUGCUCUAACAUGAGUCCAAUGUUCUCAGCAUUUUACAAAGCCAUUUACUACAUCCAGUAAUUACUCUCAUACUUACAUCUGGUAUUUCUCUCAAUUGUUUUGCUGUAAAGCAAGGAUGGUGAAUUUCUCUUUCACCAGUAUUUUUAAGUUAACCCUUGUUAUUUUUCUACUGUUGCAACCAAAAUACCAUGCAAUCAGACAAUAAAGAUGUUCCUGAAUCUUGAUUCUCCAGGUUAGUCUCCAGAAUUAGGGCUGAUGAAUUCCUCUCUGUCUGUGGACUAUAACACCUCCAGGUUAGUGUCUCCAGAGCCUCCUCCUAAGGGCUUCCUGGUGAUGGGCUCUAAGUUCCGCUACAGUGGGCGAACCCAGGCCCAGACCCGGCAGGCCAGCGCCCUUAUAGACCGGCCCGCGCCACACUUUGAACGCUCCACCAGCAAGAGGUACCUGCUGUCCCGCAGUCUGGAUGGAGGUAAGUACCAUGGUUGUGUUCCUCAAUGGCUACUCACACAAGGGACAAUUGUUCAAAGUGAAUUAUAGUAUGAUAUAUCAGUGGCUAUGGGAUAUUUUUUCAUACCUGAAGACAUAGCCUUAAGGUUUAGAUGCGGCUAUGUAUGUACACUACGGGUCAAAAGUUUUAGAACACCUACUCAUUCAAGGGUUUUUCUUUAUUUGUACUAUUUUCUACAUUGUAGAAUAAUAGUGAAGACAUCAAAACUAUGAAAUAACACAUAUGGAAUCAUGUAGUAACCAAAAAGUGUUAAACAAAUCAAAAUAUUUGAGAUUCUUCAAAUAGCCACCCUUUGCCUUGAUGACAGCUAUGCACACUCUUGGCAUUCUCUCAACCAGCUUCACCUGGAAUGCUUUUCCAACAGUCUUGAAUGAGUUCCCAUAUAUGCUGAGCACUUGUUGGCUGCUUUUCCUUCACUCUGCGGUCCAACUCAUCCCAAACCAUCUCAAUUUGGUUGAGGUCGAGGGAUUGUGGAGGCCAGGUCAUCUGAUGCAGCACUCCAUCACUUGGUAAAAUAGCCCUUACACCGCCUGGAGGUGUGUUGGGUCAUUGUCCUGUUGAAAAAUAAAUUAUAGUCCCACUAAGCCCAAACCAGAUGGGAUGGCGUAUCGCUACAGAAUGCUGUGGUACGCAUGCUGGUUAAGUGUGCUUUGAAUUCGAAAUAAAUCACAGACAGUGUCACCAGCAAAGCACCCCCACACCAUAACACCUCCUCCUCCAUGCUUUACGGUGGGAAAUACACAUUCAGAGAUAAUCCGUUCACCCACACCGCGUCUCACAAAGACACGGCGGUUGGAACCAAAAAUCUCAAAUUUGGGCUCCAGACCAAAGGACAAAUUUCCACCGGUCUAAUGUCCAUUGCUAGUGUUUCUUGGCCCAAGCAAGUCGCGUCUUCUUAAUGGAGUCCUUUAGUAGUGGUUCUUUGCAGCAAGUCGACCAUGAAGGCCUGAUUCACACAGUCUCCUCUGAACAGUGAGAUGUGUCUGUUACUUGAACUCUGUGAAGCAUUUAUUUGGGCUGCAAUUUAUGAGGCUGGUAAUGAAAAGAGAAAUGUAGAAAAGAGUAAAAAUAAAGAAAAACCCUUGAAUGAGUAGGUGUUCUAAAAAUGCUGGAUUGUUCCCCCAUAAUAAAACAGUCCUACUGUGCCUUUGUCUAACCAGCAGAGUUCUCCCGGCCAGUGUCGGCCAUGUGUGAGAACCAGGAUGGUCUGUCCCGGCGCAGCGUCAGUGAACACCCCCACCUCCACAGCCCCUCUGGGGACGAACAGGAGACUGAACUGGAACCACCCAGUCUUGAGCAGGACAAUGAGGAGGAGGAGGAUGAGGAACGGGAUCCUAAGGAAGACCAGGACCAAGAUGAGGAUGGUGUCACCACCCCCUGCAAGAAGAAGGAGAUCAAGGUACUGUUAGGCAGAUGGGAGUAAGGAUUGAUACAUGACUUGGACUUAUGAUACUGCGGUUGUCAUAUCUGGUUCAGAGGGUAAAUAGCCCAACCUAGCAUGGUUGACAGACCUGUAUGUGCUUUAGCCAACUCUUCUAACAUUCCUUAGGCUACAUGACAUAGGAGUUGGAUAAAGCACAAACAGAUCUGUGGACCCAGGCUCAGCCUAAUUGUUUCUCAGAAUCACACAUUCUACAUUUGAUGGUAAGUGUCCCCACUUGCAUUGCAGGAAAGUUCUCCUGCAACAGGGUGAUCAAAUUAAGAUCCUACAUCUGUAUGGCAGUUUAGAGAGUCACACUGCUUGUGUGGAGAUUAUGUUUUUGUCAGGGUGGAUCUGUAUGUCUCAAUGCAGAUGGUAGUGACUGCAGGGGUGCAGGAGUGUACCGCUGGAACUUUCUCUGCUGGGGUUUAAAGCUAAAGAUAUGUCAGAACUAACUCUGCUCCCUCUCUGCCACUCAGUGGCUUAUAUGCUAACCAGUAUGGCUCACUAUCCCCACUAACAGCUAUAUCGAACCUUCACUUCUCUCUCAUAAUGUCAAGCCAACCUCUCCUGUUGCUGUUCUUCUCUGCUCUCUCUCCCUGUCAUUCACUAACAUGCUCUCUCUCUUUAACCCUCUCUGGCAAAAGGAGGAUGCUGGGUCCCCACUUGACAAUAUACAAGAGGUAUUUGGUGUCUGGUGCCCUGUCUGUCUCUCUGUCAGUCUGUCUGUCAGUCUGUGAGAUGGCUCUUUGCCUAUCUGUCUUGUUGUUUAGUAAUCCCACAUAUUCCUGUUAAACUAGCAGUAAUUGACAUACAGUGAAUAAUCAUCUGCACCAUAUUAUAUUUGUUUGCACCCAAAGUAUUACAUUGAAGCUGCAAAGCCUUCAUUUUAUGCUGGUAAUGCAAUAUUUUAUUUCCUUCUAGAAUGAACUACGGUUUUGGUACAGCUGUAUUUUUUGUUGUUAACUAAUGCUUUGGGGGCUGUUUUUUUGUCUACACUUUUUGCAUGAGGUGGUACUCAAAUCAAAUAGACAUGAUGACAAAGUUCCCCAAUGAUCAUUCAACCAUCAGAGCAAGAGCUUAACUAUAAGGAUUUUACAGGCAAUUCAACGUGAAAAUCUUAAGUCAGCCUGCAUGGUUGUGUGUGUGUGUGUUCCUGGUUUGUGCUUGUGGUGUUUGUGUCUACUGCUGUCUGUGUCCAGUCCGGGUUGCUCAGUCUACCUGUCUGUCUGCCUGCCUGACCUCCUUGACUCACCAUCUCUGCUCUUCCUCUCUGUCUCUGCAUCCUCCCCCACUCCCCUUACCCCACCCUACACGCCCCUACCCCUGUCCCUGUCCGUGCUCCUGCCCCAACUCUGCCCUCUCAGUUGGACCAGGAGACAACCCCUCGACACAAGGAGGUACAGCUCAUUGUGCUGAUGAUCUGUCCAGAGUUGGAGUCAGUUCCAGGUCUAUUCCUGUCUGUUCAAUUGGACAUUGCAUUUCUUCAGAAGUUAAAAUCAGUUCCGUAAAUGACUGGAAUUCAGAUGGAAUUGAUUUCAACCAUGGUUCUGUCAUAGUGCUUCGUGACCGACUCAGCUGAACAAGUGGUCUCUACCAAAAUCUCAUGAUACUAUUUGUAGACUAUUGAACAUCAUGGAGCAUUGCAAUGUAUGAAGUCUCUUAGGACUAGGGGAGAAAGUGCACUGAAGCUCAAUUUCCUCUCUAAGUGCCUGCAGCAUUAAUGUAAUGGCCCUGUUGUUGCAUGGAGAUGCAACACAGAUUGCUAUGGAUUGUUAAGGAUACUGAACAACCUUCACUUAAACCAGCCUUCAUGUGAAUUAACAGCAUUAACUUAAGUCAGCCUUCAACUGAUAUGAUGUAUGCAGCUACAGUCAAUGAAAAUGAAUACUAGGCAACAGUAGACUAGCUAGCUAACACGAUUUAUUAGCGCAUUCAGUUGUUUUAAUUUUGUGUUUGUUUCAUCUUAAUAAACAAUGCAAAUAGUUAGAUAAUAAUUUCAUUUGCGUGGGUUUUAAUAGCAUCCCAAAUGCCAUAUUCAUCAGUAGACAGACUACUGAACAGAAUAGCAAUGCAAUCACAGGCCACAAACAAUGCACUUGAUCCAUGCGCUGAAUCGCUAAGUAUUAAGACACAUUAGUUUAAGUCAUUGUGUUGGUGUAUUUUCUUGUGUGCUGCCUGCGAUACUAAUGGCACUUUGAUGUAUUAUUUCAGAUCACGUUCCACUCGUCCAUGCAUAUCAAGUCAUAAUGCAAUUUAAUUGUGUGUCAGUGUGAUUACUACAGUGGUAAUUUAUAUAGAUGUCAUACUAAUGCAUAUUUCUCGCUCCUUCUCUCCCCAUCCUCUCUCAUUCUCAUUCUUUAUCUAUCCCCUUUUAUUCAAUACAGUUUUUAGAUAAGUCGGAGGAUGUCUUAUUGAAGCACCAGGCCAGUAUCAAUGAGCUGAAGAAAGCCCUGAGGGGGCCCAACAGCAAGCUGAUGAAUCGUGAGAAGCGGUUGUCAGGAACGUCCCCAGGCGGCACGCCCGAGAAGAAGGCUGUGAGUGUGGGAUGAGGGUGGUGAGGACCUGCGGUCCACUGGAGCACGGGUGGAGGUUGAGAGUUUCACAACCUCUAACCUAUGUACCAAUUCUCCACUGUAUGCCAUGAAUAUGAAUAUAUCACUGAUAAUGCCUUAAAGCUGCAAUAUGUAACUUUUUGAGCGACCCAACCAAAUUCACAUAGAAAUGUUAGUUAUAGAUCUGUCAUUCUCAGUACAAGCAAGUACUUUCGGUUUUGUACACCAGCUUUAAACAGCUGAACAUACAAUAUUUUUGGUUAUGGAAAAUAUAUUUAGAUGGUACAAUGAUUCUCUACACUAUGCUUGCUUGUUUUGUCACAUAAACUGAAAUUUGGUGAACUAUUAGAAUUUUUGCACCAGGAAAUUGGAGCGAUUUCUGCAUAGUGCAUCUUUAAUACUUCUGUUUAAACUGCCCUAACAUCUGACAGUGAGGCUGUGUAUGACAGACAGCAUUGAAAUUCCAGUCUUGCAGUAAGUUUCGUAGCACCUCUUACAGUUGACUCCCCUAGAACCAAGUAUGCUUGGAGGUCAACACAGGAGAACAUGUUUUUUUCCAUUAUUCAUAAGGAAACAGACAGUACUGUGACAUUGUGUUUGUGUGCUUUUGGAAUAAUGUAAACCUGAAGAUCUGCAGUCUGAUAUGAAACCAAUAACUGUAUUUCUGACCAUUACUUUUGAGGACAAUAAUAUUUAUUGAAGUUAUUGUAAGUGGUUAUUUAUUGUAGAUAGAUAUUGCUGCAGACUCAGACCCAAUCUCUUGGAUAGUGUGAUGGUACUGCUAAAAUAUACUGAACAAAAAUAUAAACGCAACAUGCAACAAUUUCAACAUUUUUACUGAGUUACAGUUCAUAUAAGGAAAUCAGUCAAUUGAAAUAAAUAAAUUAGGCCCUAAUCUAUGGAUUUCACAUGACUGGGCAGAGGCUCAGCCAUGGGUGGGCCUGGGAGAGCAUAGGCCCACCCAGUUGGGAGCCAGGCCCAUGAAAAUGAGUUUUUCCCCACAAAAGAAGCCGGAUGUGGAGGUCCUGGGCUGGCGUGGCUACACUUGGUCUCCGGUUGUGAGGCCGGUUGGACGUACUGCCAAAUUCUCUAAAACGACGUUGGAGAUGCCUUAUAGUAGAGAAAUGAACAUUCAAUUCUCUGGUAACAGCUCUGGUGGGCAUUCCUGCAGUCAGCAUGCCAAUUGCACGCUCCCUCAAAACUUGAGGAAUCUGUGUUGUGUGGCCUUUUAUUGUCCCCAGCACAAGGUUCACAUGUGUAAUGAUCACGCUGUUAAUCAGCUUCUUGAUAUGCCACACCUGUUAGGUGGAUGGAUUAUCUUGGCAAAGGAGAAAUGCUCACUAACAGGGAUGUAAACAAAUUUGUGCACAAAAUUUGAGAGAAAUAAGCUUUUUGUGCAUAUGGAACAUUUCUGGGAUCUUUUAUUUCAGCUCAUGAAACAUGGGACCAACACUUUACAUGUUGCGUUUAUAUUUUUGUUCAGUCUAGACCAUAAGAACACAUUGAAUAAAAAAUUAAUAAUGGAAAUCAUGUCCUGCAUUUAUCAUUAGAGGUGGGUGUUUGUAGCAAUAUAGAAAGGUUUGUGGUCAUACGCACAUCCUUAUAAAAGAAAGUUACGUUUGUAACCACGGUUAUGUGAGCUACAGUUGAAGUCGAAAGUUUACAUGCACCUUAGCCAAAUACAUUUAAACUCAGUUUUUCACAAUUCCUGACAUUUAAUCCUAGUAAAAAUUCCCUAUCUUAGGUCAGUUAGGAUCACCACUUUAUUUUAAGAAUGUGAAAUGUCAGAAUAAUAGUAGAGAGAAUGAUUUAUUUCAGCUUUUAUUUCUUUCAUCACAUUCCCAGUGGGUCAGAAGUUUACAUACACUCAAUUAGUAUUUGGUAACAUUGCCUUUAAAUUGUUUAACUUGGGUCAAACGUUUCGGGUAGCCUUCCACAAGCUUCCCACAAUAAGUUGGGUGAAUUUUGGCCCAUUCCUCCAGACAGAGCUGGUGUAACUGAGUCAGGUUUGUAGGCCUCCUUGCUCGCACACGCUUUUUCAGUUCUGCCCACAAAUUCUCUAUAGGAUUGAGGUCAGGGCUUUGUGAUGGCCACUCCAAUACCUUGACUUUGUUGUCCUUAAGCCAUUUUCCCACAACUUUGGAAGUAUGCUUGGGGUCAUUGUCCAUUUGGAAGACCCAUUUGGGACCAAGCUUCAACUUCCUGACUGAUGUCUUGAGAUGUUGCUUCAAUAUAUCCACAUAAUUUUCCUUCCUCAUGAUGCCAUCUAUUUUGUGAAGUGCACUGGUCCCUCCUGCAGCAAAGCACCCCCACAGCAUGAUGCUGCCACCCCCGUGCUUCACGGUUGGGAUGGUGUUCUUCGGCUUGCAAGAACUCCCUUUUUCCUCCAAACAUAACGAUGGUCAUUAUGGCCAAACAGUUCUAUUUUUGUUUCUUCAGACCAGAGGACAUUUCUCCAAAAAGUACGAUCUUUGUCCCCAUGUGCAGUUGCAAACCAUAGUCUGGCUUUUUUAUGCCGGUUUUGGAGCAGUGGCUUCUUCCUUGCUGCCUUUCAAGUUAUGUCGAUAUAGGACUUGUUUUACUGUGGAUAUAGAUACUUUUGUACCUGUUUCCUCCAGCAUCUUCACAAGGUCCUUUGCUGUUGUUCUGGGAUUGAUUUGCAUGUAACGUGUAUGUAAACUUCUGACCCACUGGAAUUGUGAUACAGUGAAUUAUAAGUGAAAUAAUCUGUCUGUAAACAAUUGUUGGAAAAAUUACUUGUGUCAUGCACAAAGUAGAUGUCCUAACCGACUUGCCAAAACUAUAGUUUGUUAACAAGAAAUGUGUGGAGUGGUUGAAAAACAAGUUUUAAUGACUCCAACCUAAGUGUAUGUAAACUUCCGACUUCAACUGUAUAUGGAUCACUCCAAUAUAUUGGUAUCACUCCGCGGCGGAAGGAUACAUCCGAGGUGAGGAUGUACAUUUUCACCUCGGAUGUAUCCCUCUGCCGCGGAGUGAUACCAAUAUAUUGGAGUGAUCCAUAUAGUGAAACAUAACAUAGGUGCUGGGCUAACAAAGAAUACUAGUAAAGAACUAGAAGGCCCGCACAUUGUUGAAGCCCCCAAUUCACCGUUUUAUUGACAACGUUUCGAUCCGAAACGGAUCUUCGUUUGUUUGUAGCAAUAUCCCAUAUUUCUUUUAUAGAUGGUAGAAAAGUGAUUCUGCAAUAACUUGAAGAGAAGAUGUGCAAAAUCUGGAGAUUUACUGAAUAUGCAAAAUCUGGAGAUUUACUGAAUAUGAAGCCCUAGAGGAACAACCAUCUCGAGCGUCUACCCACCUUGAUUGCCUGACAGUUAAAAAGCUUCCCUUUGUGUAAGAACACAAAAGCCCCUGCCGCUUUGAUCACUUUCACAUUGUGAUUAUACUGUUAAGAUACAGUAAUAAGAUAAUACUCUCCAGUGUAGCUCUGUCAAUGCAGUCUGUUUCCGGGUAUUUAUAUAGUCUACUGACAACUUUUUCUUUUGCUCUCUGAGAACAAUCGGAUUAUAGCCAUAGAGAUUAUCAUCAGACAUCCUCGAGGGCAUGAAAACUACAUCUGUCAUGUACCUACAUAGAUCUGAGGGAGCGAUGCUAUUGUCCUGAUUGAAUAAUGACAAAGUGUGGCCUGAGAAAUCUCUCUAUCCUGGAGGAGUCCAACUCAGAGAGAUUCAGAGGAAAUCAUAAAUCCUUUGAUGUAGUCGCAAAUGUUAUUUUUGCAUUGCAAAUACCUCCUCAACUGGAUAUGUGGAUUUGGCAGCCGCAAUGUGCAUGUUGAAGUUAACUAGGCCCAUGUUGCUUUUUUGCAAUACUCUCGUCAUUUGAUUCAAGAUUAAUCUUGAUUGGCUCAUAGAUUUCAGCUAGGUCUCCCUUGCCCAUUGAAUCAAUAUUUCUUCCUCCUUUCUACCCUUCUCUUUCAUUUUCCCCUUUUGCAUGAAAUUACCAAAAGUUGGAUAGUAUGCUGUGACAAAGGACCAUACAGUUGGGGCUCAUCUAAUAGCUGUUCUCCUCCCUUUCUCUUCUCCCCCCCCCCCCCCACACCUCUCCUGGUGGGUAAUGCUCUGCCCCCCAUAAGGUGGGGGGCAAGAACCAAGUAAACAGCCUCUCUGUAGAGGGCUUCUUCCAGAAGACUUUGGUGACUUCCCCAGAGGUUGCUCUUCACUUCCUCUUCCUCUCUCUUCUAACUUCUACCUCAUAACAUACUGACUGUACUGUAGUUGGCCAUUUAUCUGUAAUGAAACUGUGGUCUGGUACCAUUUUAUAUGCACACUGCACACUCAGCUAGAGCUGAUAUCCCUUGCAUAUUGUUUUAAUCUGACCUGCUGCAGUCAUCGUGUCUGAGAAAAUCUUUAAGAAAUGCAAUAACCAACAUAUACAUUUUGAUGUAAAUGUAACAUUUCGAUGUAUGAUUGCAGCAAUUGAAGCAGAAAUUAUUAGCAGAUUACAGUCUAUGAGCAUGCACCUACAAUCUACACGGAGGACUGUAGAGGUUCUAUUUGUGCUAUAAAAACAAAUGUAUGUACUGUAGCUGUUAAUCUAUGUUACAAUUCAGUUGGCACCUCUAACUGUGUUUAAUCUAUAUCAACAUGUAGGGCUCUGAGGAGUGGGUAUUGAUUGAGAAACAAGACACUUAUCAACAGAACCAUGACUGGAAGGCAGAGGAACAGAACAAAGCUUCCACCUCGUCUCCCCCAUUAGUCCCUGAUUUUUCUUGCGAAAGAAAAGAAGAACUGGAAAAAGAGGUAGAAGGAGCCAAGAUGAUUAAUAUCGAGGCUACAGGGGAGGAUUGGCCAGAAAUGAGAACAGAUAUUGAUAACUUUCCCUCGCCCAAAGCCACAAGGGAAGCCCAUGAUGAAUGUUCUGAACCGCGGCUGACUAGCAACAGCCGGUUCAUGGUGGAAUUAGCUGAAACCACCGAAUCUUCUGAUGCAAAGAAUGACAUAGUCCCAGUCCCAGACCCAUUCUCAACCCAAUCCCCAAUCCCAGCCCCAGUCCCAUUCAGAGACUCUAAGAAGGAUCAUCAACCCAACAGACACAGAAAAAAGAAGAGACCUAAUAGUUUAAACCUGGGAAUGUCGACAGAAUUCAUCUAUGAGAAAGAGGGUGAUGGCUCAAACGGCGAAGAAGACAACGAGGGCUCGGACUGGGAGGAUAGUCCUACAGAGAAGACAAAGGCGGGACUAAUAGAUAUCCCUCAAGACAGUACAACAAGAGAGGAGCCAGAUGACCAGUGUUGGGUGACGAAUGCAGUGAUGAAAGAUGAGGAGAGAUCACCAGAGGCAAAAUGGAAGGAGAAAGGGGUGUCUGCUGCUGUGUAUGAAGAUAACAAGAAGGACUACAUUACAUCAAUGGGAGAAGGUGAGGAGACUCAUGGAAGUGCUGUGGAUGACCCUGCAUGGUGUGAUGGAAAGGACCAGGCUAAGAGCUUCAUCACUGAUGAAGUCCAGCCAGCAGAUGAAGUGCUGGGUUCUGUCAACGGUCCUGGGAAGACAGAAUGGGAUAGUUUUGCAGAACAGGUUAAAGAGUUUGAUCUUAGAGAGAGGAGCAUGACUGACAAUAGAGAACACAUAGCAGAGGUCAAACUGAGGGUGGUCAAGACCCAUGAGAGAAAAGCCAGGAACUCUGGGGGGGAGGAAAUGGAAGGUCUCAUGUCAGAGCUCAGGGGUCAGAGAAGGUCUUUUCAAAGAUUAUCAGGCAGCAGUCAGUCAGAAAUCACCAGGAUCGUUCCUCUCAAACCUGAAAGGUCAAAGAGCUUAGCAUGCAAAGAUGAGCAGGACAAAGGGAGUCCGGAAACUGAGUCUGAGCUGAGUGGAGUUUUUAGAAGAGAGUACAGAUGGUCAGGGGGUUCGUCAGAGGGACCCUCAGACAUCAACCGGAACGACGGACCCACCUUUCAUCCAACAUUCACCCUGCCUACGUCAUUAAUCUCAACCAAUGCUAGUCCAGCAAGACAGACUCACUCCCCGUCCAUGACACACAGAGAAGCCCCACAGGUACAGGGCAGCUUCUGGGGUCUGGAAGGCUUGGCGAGAGUCGAGGCUAAAACUGAAGAGCUGGUCCAGGAACAGAGCAGCACAGCCUGUGACGAACCCUUUCAGGUGGCUAGAGAAGCCAUAGAGAGUCAUCAGCUUCUCAGCUUUAAGACCUCAGCUCCAGCUUCAGCGCUUCCCAGAACAGCUCCUCCUGCCCCUCCAAUGAAAACACGGAAGGCCAGAGAGUCUGGACUCAUACUCCGGAACAUCAACCGCAAUGCUAGCAGGGAGCCAGGCCUGGAUGCAGCCAAGAAGAGACACUCGGUAACUUGACAUCUGCAUUCAGUCAUUUGGAAGCAAAAAGCAUUGCAUGAGCUUCAGACUGACCCGCACACUCCCAUUUUCUUAUUUUCCUGUUUUCAGUGACUUGAAUAUACAUGUAACUUAUACAUGCCUGUAUAUGAAGAAGGGGGUGGAGUGUAACUUAUGACACACUGGUUUUGGCUGCGUCUCAUUGGCUGAUGCAGCCAUCAAUGCAUUUUGUCUGCUAUGAGUUUGGAUCCACCCCAUUUAGCCCCCCUACUCCUCCCUGCCUCCCUUCACCAUUAUGCUUCACAACAAACCUGAAACACAACUGCUUGCAAAUCUGUAGAACUCACUACAGGGCUGUGGUAGAGAUUGUCAAAAAGACAAACACAACUUUUCAUGCUUUGGCUCUUGGCUUCUAUUCCCCCUCUAUUCACAUUUGAACCUUGAUUUUCCUUCCAACUAACCCUCUAGCAAGUAUUUUUCGCAGAGGGUUGCAAGGAAACAAAGGCUCUUGCAUAUUGCCAUGGCUCUGAGGUUUUUUACACUUCUCCAUGCUGUUUCCAAGCUGAAAUGUGGAGGAAGGCAUGGACUUCAGACAUGGUUUCAUACAUGUUUUACAGCUCAAUUGACUGUGACAGGAACUGUAUGAGAAAAUGAGAGAAAUAUGUCAUUAUCACCCAUAAAGGCACUCUAUGCUACAUAUACUGUACAGUAUGCUCAUCAGUCACAUCUCGGCCAUUAAUCUCCUGACCUCAAAGACACUUUUUAAAGAAAAUGACAAAUGAUACCCGCUCAGUAGUUUGCAUAAUGUCAUGUAAAUAGUUUAUUGUGAUUUGACAACUUCAUUAACAUGAAAAUGAAUAACAGGAACAUUAAGCUAAAUGUAGCUAACGGUACCUUAUUGGGUAAUGAUUAUUUAUAAACCAGAUCAAAUGCUUUACAAGGAUCAUACAUUGGAUGCUAUAUGCAUUCUUGUAAAGCAAAGAACCCACCCAGACUGUGAAAAAGAAGGGCAGGCAACAUGCCAUCCAGCAGCAAUACCCAGGCUGCUGUACUGUAGCUACACAGACAGACUAGCUUUCAGAAAGAGAGUCACCACUUUCAUUUCACAGUUGGUGUCAUUAGGAGCUUACACAUAUUUGGCAGUGGAAUGAAAAUCAUUUGAAAUCAGGCCUGGGAUCUAACAGCUUAAAUCAUUCAUCUGAUUCUAGGCCCAGGACACAUUGGCACGAUCAGGCAUGGAACGAGGUGUGAGAUCACUUUGUAAGCUGCCUCACCCAAAAACUGACAAACAGCAUGUGAGAGCACCAGUGGUUCUGUAUACUGGGUGUGCAAAAACAGAAUGGGCUUCCAAGCAUGUUAUAAAAGCCUGCUUAUUUUGACAUCCAAAACUGCCUUUGAUGUCAUUGAAACCAAACAUUAUUCUUUGGCCAUUUGAACAUUUGAGCCCCUUGAAAUUCAGUCUGCGUGGUUUGCAUUCUAUGAUUCUGUCGUUGGCCAAUGAUUGACUGUUGUCAUGCUGCUACGGCUGCUCUAUACUAUCAAAUCUUACAACCUGUCCAUAGUACAUUCUGUACGACACUAGUUUAUACUAAUUCCAAGUAGGACAACUGGCUUUACAUGGUGGGUUCAUUUCUCUUGUCCAAGCUGGUGGUAAGCUUACUUGUUUUUUGUACUCACAAAUAGAUGGAAGGGGGAACUGCCCUACUAUGUUAGAAACGUGCUGUUCUGUUGUUCUAAUGGAUGGUUAGUAGAGACCCAGUCUCUCUACUGAUGUCUAGUAGUCUACUGAUGUCUCUCCAGCUUGGACUAACCUCUGGCUGCUCUCCUUCUUCCCCUGCUUUCCCUCUGCAGGAGCCUCUCUCCACUCUUGCCAUUUAUGAAGAUACAGUAGAUGAUGCCAAGGUCACUUUACAUUUAGAAUUUAACCACAUGCCUCACCAUUUUCCCAUUUAUGUUCUCUCUUGUGGUAGUUUAGUCCCUCACUCCCCAUUUUCUCCCUCACUGUCACCCAUGGGUAACUCUGUCAUAUGGGCAGCAUACAUAGAGGCUGAACCCUGACUAUGGCACAGGCGUUUACCUUCCACUACGUUGAAAGUAAUUUCCUCUGUGUAAGACUGUAUCUCCUCUCUUCUCCAUAUAUAUGAUGUAGCAAAUUGCAUGCCUGGAGAAGAUUUUUAUGAUCGGUUUUUAUGAUAAUAUAGGCAUGUAUAAUAUGUAUCAGGGCCUCGAGGAAAGAUCCUACAUGAAUACUUAUACAUACCUCCAGGCCAGGACAUAUUCCCUUCUAGAGGAUCAUUCAUCCACUGUCAUCUCAUCAUCAUCAUUAUCAUCAUAACCAACAUCCCCUCUCUCAUGGUCACUCCCUGCCCUGAGCUGCCGCCAGACUGGCCUUAUGUUGUGAUUCUGUUGUGGCGGCCAUCUUUCUGUAACCCCCUCUCUCACCCAGAGGGAACAUUGGGAGAGGAGGCCUCGGCCGGGCUCCACCUCGGAGGAAGACCACGAGCGUGACACGGUGGUCUUCAUGAAAGAGACCCACCUGGGUAUCGAGAGGAAGUGCUCCAGCAUGACGGUCAGCUCCACGUCCAGCCUGGAGGCCGAGGUGGACUUCACCGUCGUCAUGGACCUCCACACGGGCGUGGAGGAGUUCUCCAAGGGCCUGUCUGAGCUGGGGGAGAGGGAGCGGUUGCCCGAAGUGGGCCGGGAUGACUUUGAGGAGACCUCCAGGUUCUAUUCGGCCCAUCUCAUGGGCUCCCAUGACAUGUCCCCUGUAGAGGAGAUGCCCCCUGAGGAACGUGUGCGCCAUGAGGUAGACAUAGAGAUAAUGUACCCCAUCCCUGAUCCUUGCCACUCCCCAUCUCCUCCUUCCUGCUUCUGAGAACGAAUCUGCCCUGCUAGGAAUGCCUGCCCUUAAAGGGAUAAUUGAUUAUUUUGUCAAUGAAGCCCUUUAUCUACUUCCCUAGAGUCCGAUGGACUCGUGGAUGCCAUUUUUAUUUAUGCAUGCAGUUUGAGGGAAGUUGUUAACUAGCGUUAGUGAAAUGACUGGAAGUCUAUGGUAACUGCUAGCAUGCUAGUAGAUACCAUCGAUUUCCAGUCAUUGCGCUUACGCUAGUUAGCGUUGGCUCGCGAAACUACCUCUAACUUCCUUCAUACUAGAUGCAGAGACAUAAAAAUGGUAUCCAUGAGUUCAUCUGACUCUGGGGAAGUAGAUAAAUUCAUUGCCAAAAUUCUGAAGUAUCCCUUUAAUGAAAUCACCAGUCACCUUUUUUGUUGAAACAUUUUCAGUUACCAUUUGGGUUCUUUUUUUGUUGAUGUUUUAAUUUUAUGUUUACAUGUAAUACAAUUAAUUGUAAUAUAUUAUUGCUUCAUCCUUUGAUUUUUUUGUUUAUUUAUUUUCCUAUGGUUUAUCCAUUUGCUUUUUUCUUUGUUUCAGAUUAUUGUGAAAUGUGUAUGUUUCCUUGUAUUUUCCCUUCCAUUGUCAAUCAUACUUGCUUUACUAAAUGUUUGGUCUGAAAUGAUCACCAAUUGAUACUGUAGUGUAUGACUAUACUUGUAUUGUUUCAUUGUCUGUUUGAACAGUAUUGUAUUGUAGUUGACCUAAGGAUAAGCAGUACCAUGUCAAGGCCACAGCAUGUACAAGACCAGUCAAAAGUUUGGACACAUCUACUCAUUCAAGGGUUUUUCUUUAUUUUUACUAUUUUCUACAUUGUAGAAUAAUAGUGAAGACAUCAAAACUAUGAAAUAACACAUAUAUUUUAUAUUUGAGAUUCUUCAAAGUAGCCACCCUUUGCCUUGAUGACAGCUUUGCACAUUCUUGGCAUUCUCUCAACCAGCAUCAUGAGGUAGUCACCUGGAAUGCAUUUCAAUUAACAGGUGUUCCUUGUUAAAAGUUAAUUUGUGGAAUUUCUUUCCUUCUUAAUGCGUUUGCACCAAUCAGUUGUGUUGUUACAAGGUAGGGGUGGUAUACAGAAGAUAGCCCUAUUUGGUAAAAGACCAAGUCCAUAUUAUGGCAAGAACAGCUCAAAUAAGCAAAGAGAAAUGACAGUCCAUCAUUACUUUAAGACAUGAAUGUCAGUCAAUCCGGAAAAUUUCAAGAACUUUGAAAGUUUCUUCAAGUGCAGUCACAAAAACCAUCAAGCGCUAUGAUGAAACUAGCUCUCAUGAGGACCGCCACAGGAAAGGAAGACCCAGAGUUACCUCUGCUGCAGAGGAUAAGUUCGAUAGAGUUACCAGCCUCAGAAAUUGCAGCUCAAAUAAAUGCUUCACAGAGUUCAAGUAACAGACACAUCUCAACAUCAACUGCUCAGAGGAGACUGCGUGAAUCAGGCCUUCAUGGUCGAAUUGCUGCAAAGAAACACUACUAAAGGACACCAAUAAUAAGAAGAAACUUGCCUGGGCCAAGAAACACUAGCAAUGGACAUUAGACUGGUGGAAAUCUGUCCUUUGGUCUGAUGAGUCCAAAUUUGAGAUUUUUGGUUCCAACUGCCGUGUCUUUGUGAGACGCAGAGUAGGUGAACGGAUGAUCUCUGCAUGUGUGGUUCCCACCGUGAAGCAUGGAGGAGGAGAUGUGAUGGUGUGGGGGUGCUUUGCUGGUGACACUGUCAGUGAUUUAUUUAGAAUUCAAGGCACACUUAACCAGCAUUGCUACCACAGCAUUCUGCAGCGAUACGCCAUCCCAACCGGUUUGCGCUUAGUGAGACUAUCAUUUUUUUUUCAACAAGACAAUGACCCAACACACCUCCAGGCUGUGUAAGGGCUAUUUGACCAAAAAGGAGAGUGAUGGAGUGCUGCAUCAGAUGACCUGGCCUCCACAAUCACCCAACCUCAACCCAAUUGAGAUGGUUUGGGAUGAGUUGGAUCGCAGAGUGAAGGAAAAGCAGCCAACAAGUGCUCAGCAUAUCUGGGAACUCCUUCAAGACUGUUGGAAAAGCAUUCCUCAUGAACCUGGUUGAGAGAAUGCCAAGAGUGUGCAAAGUUGUCAUCAAGUCAAAGGGUGGCUACUUUGAAGAAUCUAAAAUCUAAAAUAUAUUUUGAUUUGCUUAACACUUUUUUGGUUACUACAUGAUUCCAUAUGUGUUAUUUACAUUACAUUUACAUUUUAGUCAUUUAGCAGACGCUCUUAUCCAGAGCAACUUACAGUUUAGUGAAUACACAUUUUUUUUUUAUACUGGCCCCCCGUGGGAAUCAACCCCACAACCCUGGCAUUGCAAACGCCAUGCUCUACCAACUGAGCUACAUCCCCUGCCGGCCAUUCCCUCCCCUACCCUAGACAACGCUGGGCCAAUUGUGCGCCGCCCCAUGGGUCUCCCGGUCGCGGCCGGCUACGACAGAGCCUGGAUUCGAACCAGGAUCUCUAGUGGCACAGCUAGCACUGCGAUGCAGUGCCUUAGACCACUGCGCCACUCGGGAGACUAUUUCAUAGUUUUGAUAUCUUCGCUAUUAUUCUACAAUGUAGAAAAUAGUAAAAAUAAAGAAAAACUCUUGAAUGAGUAGGUUUGCCCAAACUUUUGACUGGUACUGUACAUUACAUAAUAGUAUUCAGUAUUCAGACAUCACAUAAAUAAGAUUCAAAUUUGAUGGAUUUUCAUGUGUCUUUCAAGUGAUUCAGCAACCCAAAAUGAUUUCUAAUAUAUAAACAUAUAAAGACGACAUACUUCGGGGCUCAAUUUUAGGACAUUAGUUGACGGUAGGUUUACCGUCAGGUAAUAUUGAUGAUGUUAGAGAAGAAUAGACUGUCUGUAGUCUAUAUAGUCUUAGUGUACCUGUCUGUUUCUUCCUGCUGCAGCCCCCAGUAGCCAGGAAAGACCCCAGUGCUGUUAGCACUGCCCAGAUGCUGAGGGAGGCCGACACUAAGAUGGAGACACACACCAAUGGGUCGGGGGUCACCAGCAUCAACAUCAUGGACAUGUCCCAGCAGGUACACUACAUCAGUCUAUGGACUCACUUCUGUCCCUCUGGGUUUGAUGAUUUAGCCUUGUACAGUAGUCAAAUCUGUUUGUGCUCCAGCCAAGUCCUCUGCCAACAAACACAACUGAGGAGUUGUCUAAAGCACAAAACGAUCCACUACCAGAUCAGUGCUAUCAGUGUAGUGGGGUAAUAUUUAUCAUAUAUGCAUAUUACAGUGCCUUUCAAAAGUAUUCAUCCCCCUUGGCGUUUUCCCUAUUUUGUUGCAUUACAACCUGUAAUUGAAAUUGAUUUUUAUUUGGAUUUCAUGUAAUGGACAUACACAAAAUAGUCCAAAAUCGGUGAAGUGAAAUGAAAAAAAUAACUUGUUUCAAAAAAUUAUACUAAAUAAAUAACUGAAAAGUGGUGCGUGCAUAUGUACAUUUACAGCUUUUAGCAGACGCUAUUAUCCAGAGCGACUUACAGUUAGUGAGUGCAUACAUUUUUCAUACUGUAUUCACCCCCUUUGCCAUGAAGCCCCUAAAUAAGAUCUGGUGCAACCAAUUACCUUCAGAAGUCACAUAAUUAGUUAAAUAAAGUCCACCUGUAUGCAAUCUAAGUGUCACAUGAUCUCAGUAUAUAUAUAUACACCUGUUCUGAAUGGCCCCAGAGUCUGCAACACCACUAAGCAAGGGGCACCACCAAGCAAGCAGCACCAUGAAGACCAAGGAGCUCUCCAAACAGGUCAGGGACAAAGUUGUGGAGAAGUACAGAUCAGGUUUGGAUGAUAAAAAAAUACCAGAAACUUUGAACAUCCCACGGAGCACCAUUAAAUCCAUUAUUAAAAAAAUUGAAAGAAUAUGGCACCACAACAAACUUGCCAAGAGAGGGCCACCCACCAAAACUCACGGACCAGGCAAGGAGGGCAUUAAUCAGAGAGGCAACAAAGAGACCAAAGAUAACCCUAAAGGAGCUGCAAAGCUCCACAGCGGCGAUUGGAGUAUCUCAUUGCUUAAAGAAAAAAAUAAGCAAACACGUUUGGUGUUCCCCAAAAGGCAUGUGGGAGACUCCCCAAAUAUAUGGAAGAAGGUACUCUGGUCAGACGAUACUAAAAUUGAGCUUUUUGGCCAUCAAGGAAAAAGCUAUGUCUGGCGCAAACCCAAAACCUCUCAUCACCCCGAGAACAGGGCAGCAUCAUGCUGUGGGGAUGUUUUUCAUUGGCAGGGACUGGGAAACUGGUCAGAAUUGAAGGAAUGAUGGAUGGCGCUAAAUACAGGGAAAUUCUUGAGGGAAACCUGUUUCAGUCUUCCAGAGAUUUGAGACUGGGACGGAGGUUCACCUUCCAGCAGGACAAUGACCCUAAGCAUACUGCUAAAGCAACACUUGAGUGGUUUAAGGGGAAACAUUUAAAUAUCUUGGAAUGGCCUAGUCAAAGCCCAGACCUCAAUCCAAUUGAGAAUUUGUGGUAUGACUUAAAGAUUGCUGUACACCAGCGGAACUGUCAGAGUGGUGUGUGUGUGGAAUCAAACGCAGGAACCAGGAUGACGUUAAACACUUUAGUAAAUCCAAGAAAGGACAAAAUAGCCUCCCCAACCGGGUGGCGCACAAUUACGCACUGAAACACUGUGCGGAAAACAAGAAAGAAGCGCACGCAGAGCAAACUCUCGAAAAAUACAACCACGAGAGACUGAUACAGCUGACACAGGCUGACACAAAACAAUAACGCAUAACACCUGACCCAAACACAAGCAACUAAAUAGGGAAAACAAUUAAGACCCAAAUAAGGGACAGGUGUUAAGAACAGACAAAACCAAACGAACAUGAAACAUAGAACGGUGACAGCUAGUACUCCGGAGACGACGACCGCCGAAGCCUGCCCGAACAAGGAAGAGGAGCAGCCUCGGCCGAAACCGUGACAGUACCCCCCCCUUGACGCGCGGCUCCAGCCGUGCGCCGACCCGGAGCUCGGGGACGACCCGGACGACGCGGAGCAGGGCGCGCAGGAUGACCCCGAUGGAAAUCGGUCAGUAGGGACUGGUCUAAUACGUCCCUCCUUGGCACCCAGCACCGCUCCUCCGGGCCGUACCCCUCCCACUCCACGAGAUAUUGAAGACCCCCCAUCCGGCGUCUAGAGUCCAGGAUGGACCUCACGGUGUACGCCGGAGCCCCCUCGAUGUCCAACGGGGGCGGAGGAGUCUCCUCAAUCUCAAAGUCCUGGAGUGGACCAGCUACCACCGGCCUGAGGAGAGACACAUGGAACGAGGGGUUAAUAUUUUUGUAAUCAACAGGUAGUUCUAACCUAUAACUCACCUCGUUCAAUCUCCUCAGGACUUUAAAUGGCCCCACAAACCGCCGACCCAGCUUCCGGCAGGGCAGGCGGAGGGGCAGGUUUCUGGUUGAGAGCCAGACUCGAUCUCCAGGUGCGUACACUGGCCCCUCACUGCGGUGUAGGUCGGCGCUCGUCUUCUGUCGACGUAUGGCACGCUGCAGAUGGACGUGUGCAGCGUCCCACGUCUCCUCCGAGCGCCGCACCCACUCAUCCACAGCGGGGGCCUCGAUCUGGCUCUCAUGCCAUGGUGCCAGAACCGGCUGGUACCCUAACACACACUGAAAAGGGGUUAGUUGGGUGGAGGAGUGGCGAAGAGAGUUCUGUGCCAUCUCGGCCCAGGGCACAUAUCUCGCCCACUCCUCCGGCCGGCCCUGACAGUAUGACCUCAGAAACCUACCCACAUCCUGGUUGACACGUUCAACCUGCCCAUUACUCUCCGGGUGGUACCCCGAGGUAAGGCUUACCGAAACCCCCAACCGUUCCAUAAAUGCUCUCCACACUCUAGAGGUGAACUGGGGGCCUCGGUCAGACACUAUAUCCUCGGGUACCCCGUAAUGCCGGAAGACAUGGGUGAACAGAGCCUCAGCGGUCUGUAGGGCAGUGGGUAGACCCGGCAUGGGAAGGAGACGACAGGCCUUAGAGAACCGAUCCACAACGACCAGGAUGGUAGUAUUCCCCUGUGAGGGGGGAAGGUCGGUAACAAAAUCCACCGAGAGGUGGGACCAGGGUCGUUGUGGAAUAGGCAGGGGUUGUAACUUACCCCUGGGCAAAUGUCUGGGCGCCUUACACUGGGCACACACCGAACAGGAGGAGACAUAAAUCCUCACAUCCCUAGCUAACGUUGGCCACCAGUACUUCGUGCUAAGGCAGUGCACUGUCCGGCCGAUACCCGGAUGGCCAGAGGAGGGGGACGUAUGAGCCCAACAAAUGAGGCGAUCGCGUACCUCGAGCGGAACGUACGUCCGACCCACAGGACACUGUGGAGGACUCGGGUCGGUGCGUAACGCCCGCUCGAUCUCACCAUCAACCUCCCACACCACCGGAGCAACCAGACAAGACUCCGGUAGUAUGGGCGUGGACUCAACUGACCUCUCCUCUGCGUCAUACCGCCGAGACAGCGCAUCUGCCUUCCCGUUCUGGGACCCAGGGAUGUAUGUGAUCUUAAACACAAACCGGGCUAGGAACAUAGUCCAGCGAGCCUGGCGAGGAUUCAGUCUCCUAGCUGCCCGGAUGUACUCCAGGUUACGAUGGUCAGUUAGAAUGAGGAAAGGGUGUUGAGCCCCCUCGAGCCAAUGCCGCCACACCUUUAGGGCCUGUACCACGGCUAACAGCUCCCUGUCUCCUACGUCGUAAUUCCGUUCCGCCGGACUGAGCUUCUUAGAGUAGAACGCACAGGGACGGAGUUUAGGUGGAGUGCCAGAACGCUGGGAAAGAACGGCCCCUAUCCCGGCCUCUGACGCGUCCACCUCUACUUGGAACGGUAAAGAGGGAUCCGGAUGCGCCAACACCGGCGCCGAGGUAAACAGGUCCUUCAGUCUCCCAAAUGCCCUGUCCGCCUCAGCUGACCACCGCAAGCGCACCGGACCCCCCUUUAACAGAGACGUUAUGGGAGCUGCCACCUGUCCAAAACCCCGGAUAAACCUCCGGUAAUAAUUCGCAAAACCCAAGAACCGUUGCACCUCCUUCACAGUAGUUGGGGUCUGCCAAUUACGCACAGCUGUCACCCGGUCUACCUCCAUCUUCACCCCUGACGCAGAUAACUGGUAACCCAGAAAGGAGACCGACCUCUGGAAAAACAUACAUUUCUCUGCCUUGACAUAUAGGUCAUGCUCCAACAGCCUCCUCAAUACUCGGCGCACCAGGGCUACAUGCUCAGCACGGGUAGGACUAUACACCAGAAUGUCGUCGAUGUACACAACUACUCCCUGUCCCUGCAUGUCCCGGAAAAUCUCAUCGACGAAGGAUUGGAAGACUGAGGGAGCAUUCAUCAACCCAUAUGGCAUGACUAGAUACUCGUAGUGUCCGGAAGUCGUGCUAAACGCUGUCUUCCAUUCAUCGCCCUUUCGAAUGCGCACCAAGUUAUAUGCGCUCCUAAGAUCCAAUUUUGUAAAGAACUGCGCACCGUGUAGUGACUCCGUCAUAGUCGCAAUCAGAGGAAGUGGAUAGCUGUACUUCACUGUGAUCUGAUUGAGACCGCGGUAAUCAAUACACGGGCGCAGACCUCCAUCCUUUUUCUUCACAAAAAAGAAACUAGAGGAAGCGGGUGAAGUAGAGGCCCGUAUGUAUCCCUGUCUAAGAGACUCAAAUGUACGUCUCCAUAGCCUUUCUCUCCUCUUGAGACAAGGGAUACACAUGGCUCCGCGGGAGAGCUGCUCCUGACUGGAGAUCUAUCGCACAAUCCCCCUGUCUAUGAGGCGGCAGCUGCGCUGCCCUAGUCUUACUGAACACCAGUGCCAAGUCCUCAUACUCGGGGGGAAUCUGCAGUGCUGGCAUUAGAUUCGGACUCUCCACCGAGGUCGCCCCUAUGGAAACACCCAGACACCGCCCCUCACAUUGAGCAGACCACCCUUUAAGAGCUUUCUCUCGCCACCUAAUAAUAGGGUCAUGAGUCAUCAACCAGGGAAGACCCAGCACUACCGGAUACGCAGGAGAGUCAAUCAGAUAGAGCUGGAUUAUCUCCUCAUGCCCCUCCUGCGCCAUCAUCUGAAGGGGCGCUGUGACUUCCCUAAUCAACCCAGACCCUAACGGACGGCUAUCUAGGGCAUGAACGGGAAAAGGCUUAUCAACUGGAAGGAGGGGAAUCCCUAACUCUAUACAGAACUGGCGAUCUAUAAAAUUCCCAGCUGCGCCUGAAUCUACCAGCGCCUUAUGCUGGGAACGAGGUGCAACCUGUGGGAAACAAACAGGCAAGGUUAGGUGCACGACAGAAAGCUCUGGGUAAGCAGGGCGCCUACUCACCUGGGAGGUCCCCCCAAUGCGUGACCUGCCUUCUCCCUCACCAGAGGACCCACCCCAGCACCUAGCCGCGGUGUGCCCUCCACGGCCACAAUUAGUGCAAGGACCGGGUCCCCUCGGGCUCCUCCUCCUGCGUUCCCUAGCGCCAGCACCACCGAGCUCCAUAGGGCUUGGCUCGGAGGUGCUGGAGAGUGGAAUGGGCGAACCCCCCCCCUCCGGGGCGCCCACGGGUGGCGAGCAGGGUAUCCAGCCGGAUGGCCAUGUCGACAAGCUGGUCGAAAGUCAACGAUGUGUCCCUGCACGCCAACUCUCGCUGGACGUCCUCCCGGAGGCUGCAGCGAAAGUGGUCGAUAUGGGCCCGCUCAUUCCACCCUGCAUCGGCCGCUAGGGUCCGAAACUCCAAGGCAAAGUCCUGGGCGCUCCUCAUCCCCUGUCGGAGGUAGAAUAGACGCUCCCCCCGCCGCCUUCCCCUCUGGUGGAUGGUCGAACACAGCACGGAAGCGGCGGGAGAACUCCGCAUAGUUCGUAGUAGCGGCGUCCAUUCUCCUCCACUCGGCGUUGGCCCACUCCAACGCCUUGCCGGUGAGACAGGAGAUGAGGGCUGAGACGCUCUCGUGUCCCGAGGGCGCCGGGUGUACGGUGGCGAGGUAGAGCUCCACCUGUAGCAGGAACCCUUGACACCCGGCAGUGGAGCCGUCGUAUGCCCUCGGGAGCGAGAGCCGAAUCCCACUAGGUUCCGGAGACGAGGAAGGAGGGCUGGCCGAUGGAGCUGGUUCGGCUCGGGGUGGCGUGGGCACCCCGCUGGUCUCCCAUCGGUGUAGGGUAUUCAUAACACCUUCCAGCGCAUGGCAGACCUGGUUGAUGCGGUCCUCCUGACCCCGCAGACGUUCAUCCAUCGCAGCUGUUGGUGAGGUCGUUCCUGCUGAUUCCAUGGGAUGCGUUAUUCUGUCAGAGUGGUGUGUGUGUGGAAUCAAACGCAGGAACCAGGAUGACGUUAAACACUUUAGUAAAUCCAAGAAAGGACAAAAUAGCCUCCCCAACCGGGUGGCGCACAAUUACGCACUGAAACACUGUGCGGAAAACAAGAAAGAAGCGCACGCAGAGCAAACUCUCGAAAAAUACAACCACGAGAGACUGAUACAGCUGACACAGGCUGACACAAAACAAUAACGCAUAACACCUGACCCAAACACAAGCAACUAAAUAGGGAAAACAAUUAAGACCCAAAUAAGGGACAGGUGUUAAGAACAGACAAAACCAAACGAACAUGAAACAUAGAACGGUGACAGCUAGUACUCCGGAGACGACGACCGCCGAAGCCUGCCCGAACAAGGAAGAGGAGCAGCCUCGGCCGAAACCGUGACAGGAACCCAUCCAACUUGAAGGAGCUGGAGCAGUUUUGCCUUGAAGAAUGGCCAAAAAUCCCAGUGGCUAGAUGUGCCAAGCUUAUAGAGACAUACCCCAAGAGACUUGCAGCUGUAAUUGCUGCAAAAAUUGGCUCUACAAAGGAUUGACUUUGGGGGGGUGAAUAGUUAUGCACACGCACAUUUUCUGUUUUUUUGUCUUAUUUCUUGUUUGUUUCAACAACAACAAAAUAUUUAGCAUCUUCAAAGUGGUAGACAUGUUGUGUAAAUCAAAUGAUACAAACCCCCCAAAAAUCCAUUUUAAUUCCAGGUUGUAAGGCAACAAAAUAGGAAAAAUGCCAAGGGGAGUGAAUACUUUCGCAAGCCACUGUAUAUAUAACUCACAAGCGACACAUUAUAAGACUAUGCAAUUAGCCUAUUUAAAAUGUUUAUCUGACUCCAUAUAGAUAUGUUUGCAAUAUGCAAGAGACUACAGUUGAGUUACAAUAAUAGGCAAUCAAGAAAGGUCUGAGAGUGGAAUUCUUAAAUACAAGUGUAUUUAAUUAACAUUGUAAAAUGACUGAAAUCACAUACAAGGCAUACACUUAAGUUACAAAGCAUUAACAAGCAUUACAAGGCAUUAUUCUCAGCAUGAUCAGAAGGAGAGAGGGAGAGAAGUUGUAGCCUGAAAUGCCAUGCCCCAAGAGUCUAUGAGGUGGAGAGAGAAAGAAAGAAAGAAAGAGAGAGUGUAUCUCACCAGCGCAGGUCAGGAACAAAAGAGAAGGAGACAAUGAAUCGGAGACCCCUUUAUAACAUCUGAGUUUGGAUUAAAAAUUUGAGUUGUUGACCAAUAGCGUUACUGUAAAAGUGAACUUCCAAUCAGAUAUCAGACCUAAAGGAUGUUAUAAUAAUAAUAAUAUAAUAUGCCAUUUAGCAGACGCUUUUAUCCAAAGCGACUUACAGUCAUGCGUGCAUACAUUUUUGUGUAUGGGUGGUCCCGGGGAUCGAACCCACUACCUUGGCGUUACAAGCGCCGUGCUCUACCAGCUGAGCUACAGAGGACCACAUCACAACAGAACCUCUGCUACCCAGAGGUGUGACGAGGGGGUUGGUGAGAUAAUGCAGCAUUCCGAAGACAACACAAAGGAAAUUCUUGCAUACAGUUGAUAUGAGUCACUUUGGUACCAGUGCAGAUUAGUGUUACCUUUGCUAGUGCAUACUGAUGAUCAAAUGACAAAUGUAGCAGAGUGGCGCUAUAGUUUGACCAAAAGGUAUCUGAAAUUAUGUUAAGCAGGAAAUGGAAACAUUUGGUGAAUAAGACAAUAGUAAGACCAUUUAUAGGUUCAUUUUUACCCAAUCAAUUUAGUUUGAUAUUUUUGUAAACAGAGGGAAAUGUAAUUAGUCAUUUAAAGAGGAAGCAUAUAAUCCUAAUAUAAAUGAGACCUUUUCUGUUCAUAGCUCUGCUGUACUGCAGCUCUUGAUUAGACUGCCAUACUCUCACGACCACAAUGCAGCAGUUCAUUCUCAAUAUCAAAUCAUUUCUGGGUAACAAUUAAGUACCUUACUGUGAUUGUUUUAAAAUAAAAUGGUCCAAAAUAAACUAAAAUAGCUCCUUAGCAAAGGGCAAUUUCUCAAGCAAGAGUUUUGCUAGGACUGUCUGGGAGUGGUCUGAGUGGGGAGGGGAAAACUGAAAAUUAGCUGUUAUCUGCAGAAAGGGUUGGAAUUCUCUUCUUAUUGGUCUAUUAACUAAUGUACUCCAUGGAAGGCAACAACUCCAUCCCACCAAAACAGGCUGAAAUUUCAGGUGGUCUUUUCAAACAGCUCUUAAACUAAAAGGGCAUUAUCAUCAUUUUCACAAUUUCACAGUAUUAUUCCAACCUCAUAGUGUGGAAAUAUAUAUAAAACACAGGAAAUCAUGUUUUUGAAUGCAUUGGGACUUUAAUAACGUUGUUAUAGAGGGAUGAAAGUAUUGACAGGACAUUAAAGAGAAUUAUGAAAGCAUGCGGGAGUUCCAUUAAUCUCUAAAGGCAGAGCAUGGAGCUGUGCCGGUCCCACAGGUGCCUGAUUAAAAUUUAAUUAGUGCCUCUGGUGUGUCAUUCAUCUAAUGAUGAAGAUGAGCUGUGGCAGUGAUCUGGAGAGGGUGUCUUUGAAGUGGAAACUCAAGUCAGUGGUAGAUGUGUUGAGCAUAGAAAUUGAAUGACUAGAAUACACGGAGUGUACAAAACAUUAGGAACACAAUUUUUUUUUUUUUACAUUUUAGCAGACGCUCUUAUCCAGAGCGACUUACAGUUAGUGAGAGCAUACAUUUUUCAUACUGGCCCCCCGUGGGAAACGAACCCACAACCCUGGCGUUGCAAACACCAUGCUCUACCAACUGAGCUACACGGGGCCCUCAUUCCAUGACAUAGACUGACCAGGUGAUUGAUAUGAUCCCUUAUUGAUGUCACUUGUUAAAUCCACUUCAAUCACUGUAGAUGAAGGGGUGGAGAGAGGUUAAAGAAGGAUGUUUAAGCCUUGAGACAAUUGAGACAUUGAUUGUAUAUGUGUGCCAUUCAGAGGGUGAAUGGGCAAGACUAAAUAUUUAAGUGCCUUUGAAAGGGGUAUGGUAGUAGGUGCCAGGGGUACCGGUUUGUGUCAAGACCUGCAACGCUACUGCGCGCAACUCAAUAUUAGGAAGGUGUUCUUAAUGUUUUGUACACUGCGUGUGGUAGAUAGUUAAUAGAUAAUAGAUAACAAAUAGCAAUGACUAGGGUGUUGAGCCUCUUGGGCAGAGGUGCUCUUGAUUUGGAGUAAGCAACGAUAUAGUAGUGUUUGUGUGUGUGUGUCUGCAGCAAAUGGAGGCUGACGUCAACUGUAACGAGACAAAUGUCUCCAGCAGCACUGACGUGGCUCAGCCACCUGAGGGCGACCUGGUAUGUGUCAGACCCUCUCUUCACAACAGCAGAAAGGCUGGAAGACUAUGCUGCGCAAGCUCUGGCUGCAGUCUGAUUCUCUACCCUUCCCCCUGAACUGCACACUAAUUCACUCCCCCUGGUGGAUAUGAAAGGAACUGGAUUGGUGUAAAUAUGGUGCUCAUGGGGGAUAAGGGUAUAGAGAAUCGCUCGAAUCUGCCAUGACAGGUUUUGCAUGUGCAAAUAAUGGGCUGCAAGUUUAGAGAGUAUAUUUUGCCAGAUUCUGGCCAGAUUGUUUAGUUUUCUGCAUUAAUAUGUUAUUGCCUCACAAUAGCUCAGCUGGUAGAGCACGGCGCUUGUAACGCCAAGGUAGUGGGUUCGAUCCCCGGGACCACCCAUACACAAAAAUGUAUGCACGCAUGACUGUAAGUCGCUUUGGAUAAAAGCGUCUGCUAAAUGGCAUAUUAUUAUAUUAUUAUUUGCAUGUGCAUCCUUUUAAACGAGGCUUGUUAAAAUUAGACUUCUCCCCCCUUCUAAACUGUGCAGGUUUACAUGUUUACAGUAUGUCAUACUGCUACCACAUAAUUGGCUUGUGUUAUCUAUGGCACUUAAUAUUUCAAUAAACUCCUAUUUGUAUCACAGUGCCAACAAACAUGCUGUAUUGAUAAUUACAGGAGGAUCUGUUGGGUUGAACUUCACUAGUUGGGACAUUACCAUGUUGAUACCAUACUUCUGUAUCAAAUGGUUACGCUACGCUCCUGCUUGGCUGCCUAUUGGCUUAUAACUUGGUUUAUAAGUUCACCCUAAUACCUUGCUUCUGAUUCACUACAGUCAUGGUAGCUGUAUGCUAUAUGGUGAUCAGGUUUGAGGACUUCAUGUUCCCAUAUGGACACACUGCUUUCUCCCUGAGAAGCGCAGUGUGUCCAUAGUUUAAUAAGCAUGAACAUGAUGACUUCAUCCCUUCAUCCAAGUGAUGUUUUCUUUCCUCCCUCUCCUCAUUCCUCUCUUUUUCCCAGAACCAGAACCAGGGAGUUGGCAGUAGGAAGGAGAUUCCUCUCCCCAGUAUAGAAAAUGGCUCCCCUGUAAGUACAUAGUUCACCUUACCAUCCUCCACCCCCCUCCUCUCACUCAAUAGACUGACUAUGUUACUGUACUCUGACUCCAGACAUUUAGCCCUACUCUGUAGCUCUUGAUUAAUUGUAGCUGACGCAGUGAUAAGGUUCCCAUGAAACAAUGCUCUUGUUUGUUGUUGAAUUGAAGCAGUGUCUGUGAUUCACUGUAUGUUGUCAUGUAGAGAGAAGUGGUUAAAGAUGCAGUUGUAUUUUGGCUGGGCUAUAGCUAGAACCAGCAGCAUAGUGUGUGUGAGUGGGUGUGUGUUUCUCUGUGUUUGUUUGUGUUUGUGUGUGUGUGUGUUUGUGUGUGUGUUUGUGUGUGUUUGUCAUUGUGUGCAGGGUUUAAAUUGGGACUUUGGAGGUGGCAGAGCCAAGGUUAGGAUUAUGGCUAGGGACAUGAAGCUAAGGUUAAGGGUUAGGAAAGUGGCUAGGGUUAUGCUAACUGCUGUAAGUAUAAUGUAUUAUCGUUCUAGGGUGAGGGUUAGUACUUUUAUUCUACUUUCUAUCCUACUCCUAUAUGUAGCCUUAGAAAUAAGGUUUAUGAAAUCAAUAAUUUCACUGAUACUUGCCUUAUCCACCUUUUUGACCACAUCAAACAGUAAAUUGAGAAGGGGAACUAUACAGCUAUGGUCAUGUUAGACUUGCAGAAAGCCUUUGACACUGUGGACCAUGAUAUUCUCCGGAUGAAACUGAAAUGCAUGGGUCUAAAUGAUGUAGCAGUGAAUUGGUUUAGGUCUUAUCUGAUACAGUUUACAUAGAGGAGACCCUGAGUACGGAAUUGCAUUUUGUUAGAGAUUGGUUGAUUGACAACAAAUUGUUGCUAAAUUUUGGAAAAACUGAAUCGAUUUUGUUUGGAACAAAACGUAGAUGGCUUAGGGCUGACAAGAUAAAGGUAAACUGUGCAGACAAGUGUAACUUACCUUGGUGUGUCCCUAGAUCUAUCCCUUUCUGGAGACCUGAUUGCUGCUAAAAUUAUUUCUAAAAUGGCGAACAAAUUGAAAUGUAUAUAUCGUAACACUAGAUAUUUUAACAUCAAAGUUAAGAAACUGCUUGUCUCAACCUUGAUUCAGUGUCAUUUUGAUUAUGCCAGCUCUGCUUGGUAUAGUGGGCUAACAAGAAAGCUGAAAAAGAGAAUGCAGGUCAUGCAAAGUAAUGUUAUCAGGUAUAUGCUGAAUGUCCCCCCUAGUUCCGGGAGGUGGGCUUGUUGCCUUUGGAGUCCAGAGUGGACCAACUUAAACUUAAUCAUAUGUUUGACAUCUUAAAUGAUCGUGCCCCAGGUUAUAUGAAAAACCACACUGAUAUGGUCUAUAACCAACACAGUUACAAUACCAGAGCUAGUGUUAUGUAUUGUAAAAUCCCAAGAGUAAACAGUGCUGCGAGGAGCACGUUUUCCUAUGCAGGCAUUUGUCUAUGGAAUAGCCUCCCUUUGGAGAUCAAGCAAAGAAAAAGUAGAAAUAGCUUUAAAAAGCAGGCAAAGGUUUUCAUUUGGACAAGGUUGCACCAGGUGCUAACAGUCAGUAUCUAAAUAAUAUGUGUGAAAUGCUUGACAGUGUAUGUGUUGUAAACAGAGAGGUCUACUUUCUUGGGGACCUGAAUAUUGACUGGUUUUCAUCAAGCUGUCCGCUCAAGAAGAAGCUUCUCACUGUAACCAGUGCCUGUAAUCUGGUUCAGGUUAUUAAUCAAUCUACCAGGGUGUUAACAAACACUUCAGAAAUAAGAUCACCCACAUGUAUAGAAAUUUGUUCUAAAGCUCUAUCCCAUUGUAUGAAGUGAUUACAAUAUAGUGGCUAUAUCCAGGAAAGCCAAAGUUCCAAAAGCUCGGCCUAAAAUAGUGUGUAGAGAUCAUACAAAAUAUUUUGCUGUGACUCUUAUGUGGAUGAUGUUAAAAAUAUUUGUUGGUCUGAUGUGAUUAAUAAGGAGCAUCCAGACGCUGCACUUGAUGAAUUUAUAAAAUUGCUUCUGUUAAGAAACUGACUGUUAGAACUGUUAAGGCUCCAUUGAUUGAUGAGAAAUUGAACAACUGUAUGGUUGAAAGAGAUGGGGCAAAAUGAGUGGCUAAUAAGUCUGGCUGCACAUCUGACUGGCUGACUUACUGCAAAUUGAGAAAUUAUGUGACAAAAAAAAUACAAAUAAAAUAAAACUGUAUUAUGAAGCCAAGAUCAAUGAUAUAAAGAAUGAUGGAAAAAAAACUUUGGAGUACUUUAAAUGAAAUUAUUGGCAGAAAGACAAUUUCAACUCAGUCUUUCAUCGACUCAGAUGGCUUAUUCAUCACAAAACCAUUUGAUGUUUCCAAUAAUUGUAAUGAUUACUUCAUUGGCAGAGUGGGCAAACGUAGGCAGGAAAUGCCAUCGUACUCAUGCAUAAAAAAACAAAUAAUGAAAGAAAAACAUUUUGUAAAGUUAGUGUGGGAGAGGUGGGAAAAUUAUUGUUAUCGAUCAAUAAUGACAAACCUCCUGGCAUUGACAACUUACAUGGAAUGCUACUGAGGAUGGUAGCUGACUCUAUAGCCACUCCUAUCUGUCAUAUCUUUAAUCUGAGCCAAAAGGAAAGUCUUUGUCCUCAGGCCUGGAGGGAAGCCAAAGUCAUUCCGCUUCCCAAGAGUGGUAAAGCGGCCUUUAUUGGUUCUAAAAGCAGACCUAUCAGCUUGAUGCCUGCUCUUAGCAAACUGUUGGAAAACAUGGUGUUUGACUAAAUACAAUGCUAUUUCUCUAUAAACAAAUUAACAACAGACUUUCAGCAUGCUUAUAGAGAAGGGCACUCAACGUGUACUGCACUGACACAAAUGACUGAUGAUUGGUUGAAAGAAAUUGAUAAUAAGAAGAUUGUGGGAGCUGUACUGUUAGAUUUCAGUGCAGCCUUCGAUAUUAUUGACCAUAACCUGUUGUUGAGAAAACGUAUGUGUUAUGGCUUUUCAACCUCUGCCAUAUCGUGGAUUCAGAGCUAUCUAUCUAAUAUAACUCAGAGGGUUGUCUUUAAUGGAAGCUUGUCUAAUGUCAAACAUGUAAAGUGUGGUGUACUGCAGGGCAGCUCUCUAGGCCCUCUACUGUUUUCUAUUUUUACCAAUGACCUGCCACUGGCAUUAAACAAAGCAUGUUUGUCCAUGUAUGCUGAUGAUUCAACCAUAUACGCAUCAGAAACCACAGCUAAUGAAGUCACUGAAACCCUUAACAAAUAGCUGCAGUCAGUUUUAGAAUGGGUGGCCUGUAAUAAACUGGUCCUGAACAUCUCUAAAACUAAGAGCAUUGUAUUUGGUACAAAUAAUUCCCUAAAUUAUAGACCUCAGCUGAAUCUGGUAAUAAAUGGUGUGGCUGUUGAACAAGUUGAGGAGACUACAUUACUUGGUGUCACCUUAGAUUGUAAACUGUCAUGGUCAAAACACAUAGAUUCAAUGAUUUUAAAGAGGGGGAGAGGUCUGUCCAUAAUAAAGAGAUGCUCUGCUUUUUUGACACCACACUCCACACUCUCUCUUGGCUAAGAGUUGAGGAAAGACUGAGUGCGUCACUUCUUGUUUUUAUAAGAAACAAUGUGUUGGAAAUUCCAAAUAGUUUGCAUAGUCAACUUACACACAGCACUGACACACACACUUACCCCACCAGACACGCCACCAGGGGUCUUUUCACAGUCCCCAUGUCCAGAACAAAUUCAAAGAAACGUACAGUAUUAUACAGAGCCAUGAGUGCAUGGAACUCCCUUCCAUCUUAUAUAGCGCAAGUGAACGGCAAACCUGGUUUCAAAAAACAAAUAAAGCAACACCUCACAGCACAACGCCCAUGUGACCUACAGUACUUGUUGUGUGUAUGUACUAACUGAUAGAUGCACACACAUACACAUUACAUGUUAAUGUUUUUAAAUGUGUGUAAAUUGUAAAGUUUUUUGUCGUUUUCGUUAUGUGUCGGACCCGAGUAAGACUAGAUGUUGCCAUUGGCGUCGGCUAAUGGGGAUCCUAAUAAAUUAAAUAGAAAAUCCUUGUUGGACCCAUAAGGUGCUGGAGCUCAGCUCCAUCUGGCUCUCUUUGACCCUUGCUCUAGGUAGCUCCGGCUCAAUCUAACCACUGGUUGUGUGUGUGUAUGCCUGUGUGUGUGUGUUCGUGUGUGUGUGUUUGUAGCUGCUGUGCUGAUAAUGUAAGUGACCCUUCAUUCUCCUAAUGACCGUGCUGCAGGUGAAGGCAGGCACCCUGGGGAGAGAGGCUGUAGUGUCCCCACUGACUGUCACCGCCGACAAUGUCACCUCAGCAACCACAACUCAAGUUACCAAGGUAACCCCUCGUGCCUCUUCUGCGCCCUUUAAAAAGAGAGACUACUUGAUGCUGCUUGGGUGUUGGGUCUUGACACUUCCUCUUCACUUAAUAUACAGGACGUAAUAUACAUUAUAGAGCUAUGAAAGGUCACAAUCAUUAUCUGAUCUGUAGAUUGAUGUUGAAUGUGUGUGUUGUGUUUCAGACAGUGAAAGGUGGCUACUCCGAGACCAGGAUUGAGAAAAGGAUCAUCAUCACAGGAGAUGAUGACGUGGACCAACAUCAGGUGAGGAACAACAGUCACAGCCGUUACUAAGUUAUAAGUACUGUAAUAGUACAUUUUAUUUGUAUGGCGUCUGUCAUGACACUCAAAGACACUAAUAUUGUAGAUUGAUUGCAAAUGAAUAGUGGCCAUUAAUGUGAACUGUGACCUUUAUCACACAGGCCCUUGCCAUGGCGAUACAGGAGGCCAAGCAGCAACACCCCGACAUGCUGGUGACAAAAGCAGUGGUUGUCAGGGAAACAGAGUCGCCCACUGAGGAGCAACAUAGGAAAUCUGAGGUAUGUGGAGCUGCAAUGUAA